GGAUUCAGGGUUUGGAAGAUAGAAAACACAACGAGCCAGUGAUGCCUCCAGACGCCGUGGAAAUUUACACACAACUGUCCAUUAGCGGUCUGGCCUUGCACCAGUAAUGGUAUUUAAAGUUCACUGAGACACUGUAAAUGGGAAGACAAAUAAUCCACUCUAUGGACUACACUUUACGGCACAACAUCAUGACUCCAGCAUAGACAGUGUUAAACAUAGAUGUCAACUAACAGACAUCAUGCAAUGGCUUCUGAAGAGGCGCUAUGAAGCCCAAAGAGGGGAGUCACCAUAUUGGAUGCUAAGGAUGGAUUUAGGCCCAAUCCCAAACCGACCCCUACACACUCGCCCUUCACUACCGAGUAUCACUCGUGAUGAAGUUACACUCCCAGCUGUGGAGUGCGCCUCAAUUGAAACAGGAGGGUAUAAACAAGACGGGCGAGUUUGUCCGUGGGACACCACCAGAAAACAGAAAGAUCUAUCGCCAUAGCAACAUAAAGAUGCGUCCUGUGCAUGGCAGCGUUUCUUUGCUAAGUGAACGGGCAUCAUGUACAGUUCUAGCCGCACCAACAGCCUUGUUUUUUCAUUGUCCCAGUGAAAUCAUUAAUCCAGCAACCGUGACGGGAGCUAAAUUAUAUUUCUGAUAGUAAGUGAUUCAACACGUCUUUGAACCCCAUUACUAUUUGACAUGUGUCUGCACAAUCAAAUCAAACCUCAGCACAGAGUAAGAUUUCCGACUUCCAUUUGAUCUUUCCAAACCAUGUCUUUUGUGAGUUUUCUUUUGUGUGUAAGACAAGGGUGGACACAUGUGGAACUUUGUAUGUUGUUUCUUCCUCCUCCAUUUUUGCCAGCACACUACCUGCAAAUCCUGCCGUUAGUGUGCAUCAGUGCAGACUCGCUAUUGAAGGAUUGAACGGUCCAGUUGACUGAUGACUCCCGGCUAAAAAAAUGGAAAUAGGAACAUAGCCAAGCUUUCUGGCUACCUGUCAGUCAAAAAACCUAAGAAACCCAAUUAAUUUACCAAACUAAUUCUUUGCACUAGGCUGCGAUCAUGUCUAAUGUUCCGGUGAAAAAUGUGCACUUUGACAUUAGUUCUAAUGGGCUACCCUGGAUUUUAAACCUAGCCUCUAGUGGACACACAGAGAACUACAGUUUAUUCACAUGACUUUGUUUGCUGCAGUUUGUUUAGUUCUACAAUGUCUCCACUUCACAUCAUUUGAGGUUGUCAUUUGAAUACCAGGCUUUGUCAUCUGCAAGCAUUUGUUUAACAACACUACUGUGAUCUGGCUUCAUGAGUCAUUUUUUACACGCAGGCAAAUUUAGGGUCUAAUCUUUAAAAAUUUAAACAUAAAAAGCUGCUAAAGUGUAAGCCUACCUUUCACCAACUGAAGCACUGCAGUCAUAAAGUGAGGCCAUUGAAGCCUCCAGUAUAUGCUGUAUACUAGCGGUCAGUGUCAGUCUCUCCACGCCCGGUGUGCGAAGUUGAAUGUUUGACUGGAACUGACCAUGAUGUCCAUUUUUAGUGUUUUUUUUUCAUCAUAAAACAGUCAUUAUCAUCACUUACAGUAAAGGCAAAUUUAUUAAAAUUUGAAAAUCUUUUAGUCAUUCAGCCCCAAAACUAUUCAGCUGAGCUCUUUGCCAAGCCCCUUACUGGUCUUUACUCUGCAUAUUGUAAUUUGGUAGUGCUACGAAUCUAAGUUUUAUAAACAUUCUUUUGGCAGGGAAAUUAAUAUGAUUGAUAGCUCAUCAGGAAACCGACAUGUUUCUCCAAAUUGUGUCUCACAGUUAUGGAAUUGGUCUGGGGUAAUAAAUGGUCCGGGAAUCACACAUUAGUGAAAUCCAGAGAAUGGAGCAUUUAUUGCAAAUACGGGAAGCAUGUCCUGUAAAUGUCCCUGCUAAUUUAUCAAGCUUGUCGUGAGCAACAAUAAACAGUUUACUCUCUGUUUGGAACAAUUCUAAUAUUUUCUUAAACGUGUCGAGCCGAAAUGUUUGCAGACUUUUAAUCAGCUGUCAACUUUUAUAAUAUUUCACUGACCCUGCAACAAAAGAAGAAUCUCUGUUUCACAGUCAGAGUAAUAACAGUGAACCACCUGUUGUAGUUUAAACAACAGAAGAGGUAGACGCUAGGAUGAGUUUUUAUUAAACAAUACAUAACCAUUCUCAGCUCACACAAGAGGUAUUUGUCAGCAAUAUGAAUCACUUUUUAAAGAUGAAUCCUCAGUGGAGGGUAUUCUUUUUUUUCUCCUUUUGAGUUGAACAUUGUUUAGGGAAGCACUGCCCUCUAGUGGGGACAAGCAGGCAUGUUUACUUCUAAACAGUCAUGAGACAGAAAAUUCAUUUGAAAACUGUCCUUCCAUGGCAAAAGUUAACUACUUCUACUACUGCGAGAAAUAACAGGUUGCAUAGAAUCAAAACUGUUAUUCAACAACUAGCUCUCUAAGUAAUUUGAUUGGACAAGAGGAACUCCACAAGUGCUGGUACUAAGAUCAGUCGACCUUCUCGAACAGCAGGUGUGCUGUCCUCCCCCAGAGACACAGUCAGAAGUCCGUUAAUAGUCUGUUAAUAGGUAUUAAUGGGAUUAGUUAAUGCUGAUGGUUCCCUACUACAACAGCCUUCUGCCAUCAGUGUAUAAUUGUGGUCUGAAUAUAUACAUUUGGCAAGGAGUGUAAAAGUGCUUUGCAUAGUACAGACCAGAGAUGAGCUAUAAAAGUACAUUUUCACUGAGUUUUAACCAUUUUAACAAAAUUAGUUACACUUUCUCCUUGGAGUCAUAUGUGGAAAAGAUAGCAUCUUAUUUUACUGGCUGUAUAUUAGAUGGACAAAUAAAAAUGAAUGUCUAUGACACAAAGAUGCUGCUCUACUGAAAUGUGCAGAUAUACAGUACAGGCCAAAAGUUUGGACACACCUUCUCAUUCAAUGCAUUUUCUUUGUUUUCAUUACUAUUUAAAUUGUAGAUUCUCAAAACUAUGAAUGAACACAUGUGGAAUCAUGUGCUUAAGAAAAAAGUGUGAAAUAACUGAAAACAUGUAUUAUAUUUUAGAUUUCUCAAAGUAGCCACUCUUUGCUUUUUUGAUAGCGCUGCAAACUUUAGCUGUUCUCUCAAUGAGCUUCAUGAGGUAGUCACCUGAAAUGGUUUUUACUUCACAGGAGUGCCCGAAGAAACCCUGACAAGGUACUUCUGUCAUAGAGAGCAAAGGGUGGCUAUUUUAAAGAAACUAGAAUAUAAAACAUGUUUUCGGUUAUUUCACACUUUUUUUAUAAGUACAAAAUUCUACAUGUGUUCAUUCAUAGUUUUUAUGCCUUCAGUGACAAUCUACAAUGUAAAUAGUCAUAUAAAAAAAAAGAAAAGACAUUGAAUGAGAAAGUGUGUCCAAACUUUUGGCCUGUACUGUAUACAAAAUAGAUAAUGCAGGAAAAUACUUGAGAGGUCUUGGAUUAGACUUUAAAACACAUUUUAUGGAAUUUUCAAAGUCUAAUCCAAGACCAUGCAACAAGAUGCUGUUCUUAAUUCUUGUAGCCAUUAUACUUUUAUGGUCCAUAGUUUAAUAGUGUUUCCAAUGUAAAUUCACAUAUGAAUUCUUCAAGGAAAUAACUUGUGGAAGUGCGUCCAAACUCAUGUCUUCGCCCGAUUUAACCUUCAACAACUUGUACACAUAAACUUGACAUUAAGUUCACUGGCAUGAUUGAAAAACAGCUGUACACUUGUACCCUAUUCAUGACUUUGACAGUUAUCCCUGAAAAUGUCACCUCUUUGGUAUCACCUUGUAGCAUAAAUGAUUUCAUUUUGGUUGCCUUAUGCAGGGGUAUGAUUUUCCAAAGCUAACACCAAUAUGAGGCCUUUGACAGCUUGGCUCACAUGCGGCUUUAACACGUGUGAGGCAUUUUCUUUACCGGCCACAAAACUCAGGCCUGUGGACCUCUAAAACAAAGGCCAGACUUUGUUGAGAGAUCCAGCAGGUCUGUGUUUUAUGUGAGCCUGAGCUCACGUGAGGGAGGGGUUUACGUUAAAGCUGAGCAUGUGUUAAAUGUCAGCUUUCAAGUUGUGACUGGGCACAGAAAUUAUUGUGGAUUCAGACUCGAGGAAAUCUGAGUACUAAACGCAAUACCCUCCAACACAUGAAACCUUCAUGAUAUAAUAUAGCCUAAUAAAUUAUACUGAUGUAUGUGUUUGUAAUGCCAUUUUUAAUUAUAUCCAAGUGAGAGGAAACACAGCAGAUUGUUUGGGAGCAGUUUAAUUUCAAACAGAUGGUGUAAAUGAUUGUGAGAGCAUUCAUUUAGCUGAUGUUACAUAGAUCAUUUUAACUCACCAUGCAUCAGUCAUACAGUAAACCAGGAGUGUAGGUGAGAUAACAGGAGCCCCUUAAGGUCAAUUAGCAAAUCUAGAUACAAGUAUAGGUGCACAGGAUGUUAAAAGCUUGAGAUAAAAGUUAUAAAUGCUCUCAGACUUUGACAAAGAAAGCAGGUUGCAGGCUACUUGUGCCCUUUUUUUAGAAUAUAUAAUAUGCCAAUAUAGAUGAAAAUGAAAUAUUGAGUCACAUUAAAGCAUUUAUUGGAAACAUGAAACAAAAUUACAGCAAUAAAAACCCAUAAUGACUUUUUAAUUCAUGUUUUUUUUUUCAAUCCCAAUAAAUCAAAAAAGGUUCACAUUUUCAGAUUUUUUUCUUCUUGACAAUCAUAUUUCCAUUUGUCUCAGUUUACUUUUAUUCUGCUAAACAAAGGCUAACAGAAUUGAAAUUUUCUACCUUUUUUGUCUAUUUCACCAGCCAGGAAUUAUGCAUUCAUUUGCUGCAACACAGAUAGUAAAAUAUUACAUGUCUAUCUAUUUUCGUCAUACCUGUUACCAUUUGAAAACGCUGCUGUGAGGAAAAUAACUAAAUUGUGUUAAAAUGCCCCUUUUUAAGUGAUCCUUCAAAUGUAAAAGCAAUGCAGCAGUCACAUUCAGGAGGACUGAAAGCGCAUUUUGUGCACCAGCAGAAUCAAAACAAGACUUUGAGCGACAUACUAAAGAUGCCAGCUGAAAGAUUAAAUCCUCUAUAUUUUAUAUUCUCACAUUUAAACCAUGUCAUAGAUGCUAUUUCUCAUAUAAUUCUGUCUUUUUCUUCAUCCUAGUUCCCAUUCAGUCCCAAAACCUUUCAAACUAUCCCUGGCAACCUCAGCAGGACACGGUCAGCCUCUUCUUCAUGUACAGAAAAGCGAGGUAUGUAGCCCCUCCAAGGAUACCUAUCAACAGAGUAGUGCCAACAAUCACUGGCGCGUUCUUCCUGGCCACGCGGAACGCCACAGGGAGCACAGCAGAGAUCAGGAUGUUGUUGACGUGGCCCAGCACCCUCCUGAAGGCCGGCCGCUCCACCACACGCUCGUAAUAUGUCUCCAGGUUCACACGGUUACCGUUGCCCCAGUAGCGACGGGAAAGGCCCAGGAACUUGAGGCGGUGUAAGGUGACCGCCAGAGAAACGUCGGCCAUGCUGAAGAACUCACCACACAGCCAGGACUGACUGCCUUCUUCUGUGAGAGGAAGAGAAAGAAACGAAGACAGCUCACGUAAGAAAAACAUUGCACUUUGAAAACUUUCAGAGACAGAAAUUUGAAUUCGAAAAGCUGUUGUGGUGUGUACCUGGUGUUUCUUCCACCCUCCUCUGUAGCUCAGUCUCCACUUGAUCCAUCACACUCUCCAGCUCAUCGAGAAGCUUCUUCAGGUACUUCAUGUUGUCAUGGUCGAACAACUUUGACUAGAGAGAUAUUUCCAUGUGAAUUAUUAGUGCAAAUUAAAUUCUAUCGUACAUUUCAACAUAUUUUAAGCCUUCAGUUAAACUGCAUAACACAAAAAAUCUGUUUAAUUAUCACUUUUUUAACAUUAGGCCACUUCUUUUUGUCAAAGUUAGUUUAAAUUAGCGACAAAGUUAAAAAUAAUUGUGUCUUUUAACAGACUGCAGAUAAAACCUAGCCUGUUUUUAAAGUCCAUCCACUCACUGAGGAAGAUCGAACUAUAAACUGCAUCUUAAUUUUCACUUGUAAAGCAACUGCGCCACAAAAAUCAACAUACAUUUUAUAAAUUUUAAAUAUCUGGUUAAAAUCAGUUAAUUAAUUUUGUUUGGCUAAGAAAAGCUACUGCAUCUCCUGUUGUAAAUAGCUCAGAUUUGAUGUGGCACUCUUGGUUUAGCUGUCUGGUAAGCUGUGUUUCUGCAGCAAAGGUUGAGGUAAAAGUGCUGAGGGGCUCUAGAGUCUGCAUAUUACCAAAACAGGUAUUUCAUGAGCAGCAGGCUUUGUGAAAUUUGAUGAAGCUCUGUUUUUGGCUGUCUGGUUGGGUGUGUUUUUGUGGAAAUUUCAGAUAAUUUUUAGGCCACUAUUCAAAUAAUUUACUUAUGCAUUGACACAUGGGAAGCAAUUUGGCCAAGAAUGUUGUGUUGCUCCAUGUGCUGGGGCAGAAACCUCCAGUGUAAAUUACUAAAAACAAAAGUGCUACUUCAUCAGCACUCUGCUGACUUGAAUAACUGACCUUCAAGCGCCGCUGUUUUGCUACAUAAGCGUCUUUUAGCUCUGGGUUCUGCUCUGCCAGUUUCUUCAGCUCGGUUUGUGUGCUCACGAUCUGUGCUGUCGAACGAAAAGAAAAAGAGCUAUGUAAGAGAAUAACUAAAACUUUCAUCUUCAUUCUAUUCUUCAAAUACAUGUCUAAAAUAUAUGUCUUUGCAUGCACAAGGUAAUUUGAAAUACAUCCCAGUGUGUCUUACUUCGUAUACAUGUUGCUGCAUAUGCAGGUAUGUGGGAAUCCACUGUGAUCUCAGGGUGGAGGAUGCAGCCAUGGGUGUAGGCAUCCAUCUGUAGUGAAUCCAGCAGCUCUCUGUAGUGCUGAACUCUGUGAUAGUAUGUGCUGCCCUCCUCAGGGAUGAGCUUUGGGGUGCCUUUACAGACAAAAACAGAGAUCAUUUGUGCCUCAGGAAAUAGCACUAGGCUGAAAAUAGGCUGUCCUUGGGUUAUGGCAAGAAAAAGUAUGUUUUUAAUAUCCCAGCAGAAGUUAUUCAUCAUUUUUAUGCGUUUAAAUAGUCCCAUGCUUACCAGAUUAUCUCUUCUUUAAAUGCAACUGGAUGAAACCCUUGAAACAAAGUUAUUAUGGAUCAAUGAAGAGAAACUGAGGAAGAAUGGAAAAUUAAAAUAAAUAUUUAAAAGGGAAAAAUAAACAGAUUCAAAAUAAUAAUGUAAAGUAAAUAGAAACUAAAAAAAAAAAAUUCAAUGUUUCAGCACAACAGAAUUUCUUAAAAGGGGGAGAAAUUAUGUUCAAAAGAAGAAGAAUGGUGAACUUAUUCAGUCCAUCAAAACAGUCAGUAAAUACCUUCAUUAAAAUUCUGUUCCAGGUAGUCCAUGAUCUGUGUUGGAUCACAGAUGACAUUGUCAUUGUGGACCAGUACCGGAACCUCUCCAGUGGGGUUCAGGCGCAUGAACCAGGGCUCAUUAUGUUCACUGAGAGGUAGGCUAACAUCAUACUCCUCGCAGUGCAGACCUUUCUCUGCUAUGGCCAGGCGCACCUGUUAAACAAAACAGAAGAGUGUUAAAAUUCAGGUGUUAAAGUGCUCAUACCUGUAAACCUCUGAGAACUGGAAGAACUAGAACUGGCACAUAUAUGCAACAAUAACACACAGAGGAUUUGCUUCCACUUAAGUAGGCUAAAUGAAUGUAUUGUGGACCUACAGGGGUGGGACAACGAAACUGAAACGCCUGGUUUUAGACCACAAUGAUUCAUUAGUAUGGUGUAGGUCCUCCUUUUGCGGCCAAUACAGCAUCGAUACAAGUCCUGCACAGUGGCCAGAGGGAUUUUGAGCCAUUCUUCUUGCAGAAUAGCGGCCAGGUCACUAUGUGAUGUUGGCGGACAACAACGUUUCCUGACUCGCUCCUUCAAAACACCCCAAAGUGGCUCAAUAAUAUUUAGAUCUGGUGACUGUGGCCAUGGGAGAUGUUCAAUUUCACUUUCAUAUUCAUCAAACCACUCUGUCACCAGUCUUGCUGUGUGUAUUGGUGCAUUAUCAUCCUGAUACACGGAACCACCUUCAGGAUACAGUGUUUGAACCAUUGGGUGCACAUAGUCCUCCAGAAUGGUUCGGUAGUCCUUGGCAGUGACGCGCCCAAUGGGGCCUAAGGAAUGCCAUGAUAUUGCAGCCCAAACCAUCACUGAUCCACCCCCAUGCUUCAAUCUGGGCUUGCAACAGUCUGGGUGGUACGCUUCUUUGGGGCUUCUCCAGACCCCGACUCUCCCGGAUGUGGGAAAGACAGUAAAGGUGGACUCAUCAGAGAACAAAACAUGUUUCACAUUGUCCACAUCCCAAGAUUUUCGCUGCUGGCACCAUUGAAACCAAGUGGUGACCAAAGGUUUGGCUAUAACAGCCUGGCUGUGUAUACUGACCCUGUGGAGCUCCUAACAGACACUUUUGGUGGAAACAGGAGAGUUGAGGUGCACAUUUAAUUCUGCAGUGAGUUGGGCAGCUGUGGUUUUAUGUUUUUUUGGAUACAAUCCGGGUUAGCACCCCGACAUCCUUUUCAGACAGCUUCCUCUUGCGUCCACAUUUACUCCUGUUGGAUGUGGUUCGUCCUUCUUGGUGGUAUGCUGACAUGGAUACCGUGGCUUUUGAUACAUCACAAAGACUUGCUGUCUUGAUCACAGAUGCACCAGCAAGACAUGCACCAACAAUUUGUCCCCAUUUGAACUCUGAUAUGUCACCCAUUAUAUUGUGUGCAUUGCAAUAUUUUGAGCAAAACUGCUAUUACUCUGCUAAUUGAAGCUCCACACUCUGCUCUUACUGGUGCAAUGUGCAAUUAAUGAAGACUGGCCUCCAGGUCAGAUUUAGCCGUGAAACCUCCAACACUAAAUAGGCAGGUGUUUCAGUUUCAUUGUCCAACCCCUGUAUAAGGGAGGCACAGAUUUGUCAAGCAGUAAUGACACUCACCACAGGUAGCUAUGAAGUCUGGGUGAACUGAAUACUACUAUUCCAUUCAUGAAUAACAACUAGGUUUCAUCUUGCAGUUUUCUCAAUUAAGAAUACUGUUUAUGGAUUACAUGAACCUCAGUUUGUAAAUUGAAGCUGAGGUGGGGAGCUGUCCAUUGAGCUGUGGUGCUGAAACGUAAAGACACUCACCUUCUGAGAAUUAAAAGACUGCGUCCAGUGAUACAGAGUUAACUUAGACUCGCUUUGUUUCGCAACUGUGCUGCAUUGCUCCUGUACAUCCUGUUCGGAACUCGUCUCCACAAGAGCUGCUUUCUCAUCUUGGGUUUCUGCAACGCUGCCUUCGGACGCCAUUUUAUCUGUUAGUGUUUUAGGGGACAAGUGAGGACAGCUGACAGGCAACGGAAUACACCCCCUACCGGCGGGGAGUGGAAUAAUCAUUGUAUAUAUAUAUAUUUAUUUAGCGGAGAUUAAAAACAAAUACUUUUAAUUACAUCUUUUAUUUCUUUCUUCCUCCUCUUCCCUUUUGUUGACGUCGUGUUUGUUUACCCCCUGGUUGUUAAAAGACUCGUUUAACUGAAAUUAGGGUCCGUUUUUUAUGUCUGUAAACAUUAUUUCCUGGAAAUACACGGUUUAUUAAUGGAGAAAUAUGUUAUAUUUUAAAAUCAAUCACAAUGUCUGCAAAGUCAAAACCAUCACUUCCCUAUCUCAUGGUCUUGAUUCAGCAAUUUAGCCAGCAGAGGUCGCUGUUAUCUCUCCAAUGAAGCUGCUGUUGAUCAACACACUCGGUCAGCCCUAAUACAAAAAAGAACAUUUUAAAGCUGCAAAAGUCAUAUAAGGUGAGAUAUAUUUUCGCUUACUGAAUAAAUCGAUUUUUCUCACUUGUAUAUUUCCCUUUAACACCUACGAGUUCGUUUUUUAAGCGGCACAAGCCUUUGCAAACUAUACCUAGUUAGGCAGCCUUUCUCUUUUAUAGAUAGAUGGAUAAUUAAAUAAUUUACAAAUAUUUGAGUUAAAUUAAUUUAAAAGGUUUUUAAGUCUGAAAAGGGUAUUUUAAUACCACCAAAAGUCCAUUAACUUCUCAUGAGAGUGUCUGUGGGAAUAUAGGCACUCAAUGAUACUCCUUUAUAGCCUAUAUUUCACAUUGUCGCAUCGCAAAGAAGCCCACGGGCUUAUUGUUAUGUAAUAAUGGGCAGUGCGAUCUAAAAUAAAACCCUACCAAGUAAUGAUAUCACUGAGUCUUGAUAAACAAAUCUACAUAUCUCUGUUGGCACUUUGGAGUUUUUUAAUGUGGCCUUAGGAAACACCUGUAAAGUGAGAUGCGUUUUCGGAUGAGUAGUCGGUUUUGGCAAAGAUACAGAGGUGUCUUAUUUUGGGGCAGUUGUGGUUUCCAAGCUCCUCACAGAGGUGGGAGACAGAGAAGGAGAGAGGAGAGUGGGAGGUCCCUGUGGCGUGACGUUGCUAUUGGCCCAGUGUCUUUCUUUAGCAGGGACUCGGUGCUUCUCUCUCUCCCUCUGUGAUCAGUGGGUGAGAGGGGGGAGACGAGCAACACACAACGGAGAACCCGGCGUGCGCCUCCGGUAAAUGACGCCCACCACUCAUACCUUUACACUUACCAUCACGCAUGCCUUUUGAAUUGCAUGUCAGUGUCUGGAAGUACCAUCUUCUUUCCUCAUCCUCCUAUUUUUGUGCUCCUCUAGUCAUCUUCUUGUUGGCUCAUCCUGUCAUCUCUCCACCGGUCCUGGAUCCCCAAACCUUGGUCCUGGAGACGCCUGAGUCUGCAGCAGCGCACGAUCUGCUUUAUUUCCAGCCUUUAUCUGAAUGACGGGCGGAAGGUUUGACUUCGACGACGGCGGCACUUACUGCGGGGGGUGGGAGGAUGGCAAAGCCCACGGACACGGCAUCUGCACCGGACCCAAGGGCCAGGGCGAGUACGCCGGGUCCUGGUCUCACGGCUUUGAGAUAGUGGGGGUGUACACCUGGCCCAGCGGGAAUACCUACAAGGGCUACUGGUCCCAGGGGAAGCGGCAUGGGCUCGGUGUGGAGAAUAAAGGCAAGUGGAUCUACCGCGGGGAGUGGAGUCAUGGUUUCAAGGGUCGGUACGGCGUCCGGCAGAGCCACAACACACCUGCUAGAUACGACGGGACCUGGAGCAACGGGCUGCAGGAUGGAUACGGCAUUGAAACCUAUGGAGAUGGCGGUGAGAAACUCUGUCUUUAUGUUUGUGUGUCUCUUUAAUGUCGGUGCUUGAUGGUUUGUUAUGUAGCCUGUGUGUGUGUGUGCUAGGAUGCUCAGAGUCAAACUGAGGGAGGCUGAUGGAAAUACAUCAGUGCGUGAAUCUCCAUCUGAUACCAUCUGACUGGAAACUGAGAUUGCGCACUGCGCACAGUGGUCAAGCAUCAUCAUUAACUUCCCCAACCCUCCCAAGGAUAUGAUUUAUCACCCUAGUGAUGUUAACUUGCUGCACACCGUUUAAGAGAUGGGUUUCUCUGUGAGUCCAACAGCCAACUCAUUUGGCAACUACCGGUUGCUCCUCAUAUGACAGAGGGAGGAGAGAGACUCCUGUUGCUAACUCAGUGGCACCAUGUCCCUACUAGAGGGAGUUUGGAAAUCACAGCAAAUCAGACUGUGUUGAGCCAAUUAUAGCUGGACUUCUGAUUACUUCCCUGUCACUUUCACAUUUGGGGCCUUCACUGUUAUAGUUAUCAUAAAUUAUUACGUUUGCAUUAUCAAAUUCAAUCAAAUUUUACUUAUAUAGCGCCAAUUCACAAUAGUCGGCAUCCCAAGAUGCUUUUCAGAGAGCAAGAGCAGGUCAAGACCACGCUUAUUGUUUGGUGAAUUAUCAAGACCCAACCUAAGAUGGGUUUUGGCCCAUCUCAUCUAACAUGAGUAACAGUGGCAAGGAAAAACUUCCUUUUAACAGGCAGAAACCUUGAGCAGGACCAGACUCAUGCUAGACAGCCACCAAGCCGCUGCUGGGUGGGUUGGGGAGGAAUACAGAGAGAAAAGGGGAGAGAGAGAGAGAGAGAGAGAGAAGGGGGGAGAGGGCAGGGGGAAGGAGAGAGAACAAGAUAGAGGGAAGGAGUUAUCCUAACAUUUGAAACAAAGAGGUAUCUUUUGUUCUUGGUACAAGUGUCAAGAUUUUUCUAGAAAUUAUAGCCUGACUAUUACUUCCUUCUUUGUCACUCCCACAUUUAAAUUCUUACUCUGAUGAUAUGCAAGUUAGAUACUCAGUAUCAAAAAUCAUGACGUUUUCAUAACAAUAAACUUUUUAAAGAGGUUUCUAGAAACUAUCUCUCAAAAUUUGAACCUUUGUCAGAAUAUUAAACCUGUUAAAUCAAGGAAAUUUGCCCCUAUCCCUGACAUUUUUUUUACCAAGCAUCAGGAAUUUCUAGAAUUAUACCCUGGGAAUACUUUUCUGAUUAUUAAAAUGUGAACCCUGACUGAAAGGAGAUGUUACACAUAAAUUUAAAUUGUUCCCUAGAAGUUAUUCCCUGGGUGUAACAUGCUCUUCUGUCUCUUUAAAUUGGAAAUUGUACUUUAAUAAUACAUCUGUUUAUACACAAUGUUUAGCAUCAAUACUUUCAAUCAGAACAAACGUUUUAUCAUGUAAAUGUCUGGUAAAUUUCACAAACACAAUACAGCCAUCCCUCGAGUGCUGAGCAUGCAGAAAUACAUCUAUUUAUGCCAAGAUUUAUACAGUAUAUAUACUCUGAAACCAAAAGGUCAGUGCCAGCCUCUCUUGAAGCUUUGAUCUCUCCGUUCAGCUGUGUUUUCACAGAUAGUUUCGAAACCUUUGUGAUCAGGGAGCAAACAUCCUGAUUGGCCCACAGACACGUGCUCUUUCAAGCAGCACAGUUGGCCUAUAACAACAGCUCUCUGUGGUUAUAAAACAUCCUAGUCAUUGGUGAUUUGUGAGCAUCAUUUCACCUAACAGAGGCCUUAUGGUGCAGAAUAAAUGCCUCACAUAUGACAGUUCCAGAGGGGCCCGGCUUGGGAAAUCAGCUGAUCCUAGAGGAUCUACAGAACAUCUGGCCGUCUGACCCUGCAGCAUCCUGAUAACUUGAUCUGCAGGGUCACCAAUUUGAACCACAGCACAGAGCCAGCCUGUUAAUCUCACACUGUUUAUCCAUCUAAACUCCUGCCGGGGCCUGUAUAUCAUUUUCUGUUCUACAAUCAGACCAUUAUGGCUUAUUUCAUUGUGUUUGGUCAAUGAGAUUGGACUACAGGAUUAACAAGCCUUUCUUAUUAUUAGGAUUGGGAUUGUAAUAUGAUGCUAUGAAGAAGCUACAGUAGGCCAGCACAUGCUCAUUGGGCUCAGCAGCACCAAAUGGGAUUAAUGAAGUAUUCCUCUCAUUAUGUGACUCACAGCGAUUCCCUGCCGACAGAGACAAACGGUGAAUGUGCCUACUGUCAGUGGGGGAGUUAAAGGCUGCCUGAAAAUAGGUUCCUAGCUGAGUGAUUCACAUUCAUCCCAAGUGAUCCUCGGUAUCAGUACCUUAAUCAAAUCUCUGUGAUUGAGUUGGUUAUGCUUGCGGUCCCUGAUCUGUGGGGAAUAAGGAAAACAUUUCAUUGGCGGACAUACUCUGCUGCACCCCUACUGCAAGGCUCCACUUUGUGCUGAUUUAGAACUUUACUGUCCAAGCAAUUCAAGGUAGAGAAAGACUAUCAAUGUCCCCGAAAGUAACAAAGUGAGGAUAAACUUACUUUUGCUAUGAAGGUAAAUGUGACCCAGGUUAAUCUAUUCAGACAUACAUAUUCUUUUCAGAUAAUCAGCUUUGAUCUCAGUAUUGAUGCCAGAACAUCCCCCAAGGACUCUACCACGAGGAGCACAUUAAUCUCUUCUUUGUAUUUCUGUCUUCCUCGAAAAGUUUGUCAAAAUUCCCACAUUGCAGAUAUUUUCUAGGCUUGUAGACUUUCAGCUACCGUUGAUUCUGAUAAAACACAGUACCUUUUUUUUUCUGGAAGUGCGCCCGGUGAGACAAGCAGACUGUACACACAAGCAGAAAUUUCAGUGUCACGUACUCUUCUAAUAUAUUUUGAAACCAUUUGUGAUUGUGUUUCAGAAUGACAGCCAAUUCUGAACCUCUGUUAUUGGAUCUGAUCCAAAAUAGAGAAAUUGUCUGUCAGAAAAGUGAGGCCUAAUUGAGAAUAAGUUAAUAAAAGAUCAUUUGCAGUGUGAUGCAUGUGGUCUUUCUGAAAAUAGAGAUGAUAUUUGAUACAGUUAAUUAUAAAAUCUCUUAGUUUAAGGUCUGCAUGUAGUUUCUUCUUUAAGUACAUUUAUCCAUAGAUUUAAACACAGUACCCAAAAGGACUUUUAAAAGGAGAGGGGAGUUAAGAGUUUGAAAUGUGAAAUGUGUUGUAUGACCAGCUGAGUUUAGGAGUUGAGCUCUAAUGUCAAGCUGACCUGUGUCUGCUUCUCUCCCAGGUACCUAUCAGGGCCAGUGGAUGGGUGGGAUGCGACAUGGCUAUGGUGUACGUCAGAGUGUUCCAUACGGCAUGGCCACUGUUAUCCGCUCUCCUCUACGUACGUCUCUGGCCUCCCUGCGCUCCGAGCAGAGCAAUGGCACGGUGCUCCAAGACCUCUCCUCCCCUGCAGACACGCCGACAGGCAGUCGUGGCGGCUUCGUCCUCAACUUCCACUCAGACAGCGAGGUUGUCACCGGUAAGAAGAAGGGCCUGUUCCGCAGGGGGUCUCUCUUCGGCAGCCUAAGGCAGUUGCGUAAGUCUGACUCUAGGACCUCAAUCUCCAGCAAACGCAGCUCUGCACGCAGCGACGCCGCUAUGAGCCGCAUCAGCUCCAGUGACGCCAACUCUACCAUAUCCAUCGGUGAUGGCGAGCUGCCGGAUGAGGACCUACCUCUGGAGGACCACGUGGAUGCCACCACAACCGAGACCUACAUGGGCGAAUGGAAGAACGACAAGCGCAAUGGAUUUGGUGUUUCAGAGAGAUCCAACGGGAUGAAGUACGAAGGAGAAUGGCUUAACAACAAGCGCCAUGGUUACGGGUGCACGGUUUUCCCAGAUGGCACCAAAGAAGAAGGAAAGUACAAAAAUAAUGUGCUGGUUCGUGGAAUAAGGAAGCAGUUGAUUCCUCUAAAGAACCCCAAAACCAAAGAGAAGGUGGACCGGGCUGUGGAGGGGGCACAGAGGGCUGCAGCCAUUGCCAGGAGUAAAGUGGAAAUAGCAGCUUCCAGGUACAGUGUUUAUGUUUUCAUUCAUGCUUUUGUUUGUACAUGAGGGUGUAUGUUGUGUAAACAGAAAAUGAGACAGGGCGGGUAUUCUAAAGGAGUUGAUUCCCGCCAAUGGAAAACCAGAACUGUGGCUUUUUUUGACAAACAUCUCCUCAUCUGAUUGAAGGGUUGGUCUUGUAUAAGCAGAAACCCAUGACAACAGCACUGACCUUUAUACAUCAGCAGCACUCAAGGCUUUUGUGAAGCCAGCGUGGUCGUCCCUGGAAAAGGUUCUGUUUCUAUUCUUUACCCAUAUCUUACAUUCCCAGGGUGCGGGGUGAGGCAUCUUGUGUGAGGGGGAGAUUUGUGUGUCUAUGAGUUUGUGUGCGUGAGCGGUAUAGCCAUACCUGCGACCUGCCAAGUGCGUCUUGUGUGCCCAAUAAUGAUACCUGCUCUUCCUGCCAAGCAUUGCUCUGAUGUGGCAUCUGCUCUUUAACAGGUGGAUGAGACGUGACCUUUUCAUUUAAAACCUCCCUCCUACUGGGACACAGUUCAGCGUACGCAGCAUCCCUUUGACGUCCUCUGGUUUCGUUGCAUCAGGGAAUUAUUAGACUCAGGACUGUGAGGAUGUGUACAAGCUGUGAAAAGGUCUCCGUGCAAUCAGGCGUGCUUUGAUUUUCACUCUCACUGUGUCUCAUGAGGUGCAAAUGAGUUUUGUGCAUAGAAAAAAAAAACCUGGGAACAAAGUUAAAACUGCAAAAGGAAAUACCUCUUUUUGGUUUUCCCUCCCUUUCACUCAGCUGGAAGAACUUUGACACUUAUACCGACAUGCAAAGAGUGGAAGUCAUGAAGAAAUGACUGAAUUAUCAAAAGAAACAAAAUUAUUAAUCAAAUCAACUUUGAAUAUUUUUGAGGACCGUUAAACAAAAAUAAAUGUUCAUAUUUUAUACUUGACUCAACCAGGCCCUUUUUGCCUGAAUGCUAAAGUGGAAAAACUUCACAGUGGCUUUGCUAACCUGAUGUUUGUAAAGUAAAGUAUUUGAUUUUGAGGGCGUUUGCUGAUAUUUGAUAGGACAGCUGGUGAGCGACAGUAGAUGUCGGGAGUAGAGCGCAGGGGGUUAAAUGCAGCAAAGGUUCAUGGCCUUGACUGUAGCUGCUGUACAUGGGGCACACACUUUAACUUCUAGGCUGAGCCGGUACUCCAUAACUGAAGCAUUUGACCAAUUUGGCCCAGUAAUCCUUGCAGUUAAAAUGUUUAGUAUAACCACAAUCGUUAAAACUCAGUGAGCCUUUAUUGAGACAAAUGCAGUCAAAAACACUAGGAUACAAGUUAAUCAUCUUAGUUUUAUCAAAGGGUUGACUAGAAAGGGGAGAAAUUAUUUGGAUUGUUUGUCAGUGGGGUUUAUCCUCAGGAGACCAUGAAUGGCUUUACAAGCUUUUGUCACUAAUUAUAUGUCACUGCUUGGAAAAAAUUCAGUUAAAAUAUACAACCUGGAUUUGCAUAGUUCACUCAUAUUGAUGGACAAAAUCAGAAGGGCUCAAGCUUUGAGGAUCAAGAAUUGGGGCGCAAGAAGACUUGGUUCCACUCCACCAAAUUAGUUAUUGAUUUUACUUCAGUCUGAACCAAAGCAAUCAGGCAACCAACAGAGCCAAGUCAAAAAACUUGUAUACGGAGACUUUUUGUCCCCUUUCUACACCUGCAACAAGUCUGAUGGAUGUUGGGAAAAUCUUGAGACAUUUUUUUAUUUAGGUGAUAUGUACUGUGAUAUGAAAAAAUAAGACUAACCAGAUACAAUCAUUGUCUUUUCUUUUUAACGAACAAGACCUACAAGAUGUGGAAAGUAUUGGAUAGGCUUUAUCACACUGUUCAACAUUGCUGAUGUGAAAUAUGAACUUAGAUAAACAUAAUCCAAAAAGUAGGAAGGGAGGGGUUCACCAUUAUUUGGCACCAGUGAGUCUGAAAGUAGCUAAGAGCGAGCCUCAGCUUCAUCUUGCUGGCUGCAACCAUAACACCCAGACUCCAUCCGAAAGUCAACAUGGUAGCAUUCUGAGUGAGAAAGCAUUAAUUGCUUCUCUGAAUAUAGCAUUUUAGCAUAAUAUUGUAUUUUCAUUUCCAGUUUUGCUAUGUUUCUAUUACAAAUGUUUACCAUGUUAGAAGACAUACAGUGCGACCCUUUUUUAGAUCAUUACUGUGAGCCUUGGCGGUUCAAACUGAGUAUCAUUUUAUCACUUUGUAGAAUAAAUGACUAAUCUGAUAAUCCAGUUUUCUGUGAAUCUAGAAAUAAAAUCUAUUCAACGGGUGCAUAAAAAAAUACACUCUCAAUAUUGCAUAACACUGAAGACAAUGAAUGGUAAUAUUUUGCCUGAGAGCUGAACCCUGCCAUUUACAGUAAUACAGUAAAAGCAGAACCUAUGAAUAGCCGCUGUUACUACAACAUCCUAAAAAGUAUUUUUAAACAUAAUAAAUCCUAUCCAGCUGAGAGGGAGAGAAAGGCUUAAUUCUGCAGAUUUCAGGAAUAUAAGAUAAAGAUUACAUAAGAUGGAUUUAACAUGCUAAAUACUUAAACUCCUGCAUAGUGUUUGUUUCACAGAGUAAAAGAAAAAAACACUAGACACAGUGUUGGAAAAGAAUAAUAACCGUGCAUUAGCAACAAUUUACAUCAGAGGAAGAGACGUGACCUGAUGCAUAGAGAUAAAGCAACAACAGUAAUAGCUUUCAAGCUGAUACGAAGUGUUUAUGGCAGCAAACAAGGUCCCAUGUACUCUUGUAAGUGAUCAAAUUACUGCCUGGCAUUUACCGCUCCAUCAUGUGCUUCUGAAAACAGCAUUUUUCCUUUUAAGACUGUGUUUGUGGUGUAAACAGCUAGAAUGGGAGACUGUAACGGUUGUUAGUAAGCAGGUUAUGUAAGUCUCAUUAUACAGUGCAAGGGGAAAGAUGCACUCAUAUCGAUCCAGUUCUGGUCACAUGAUGCUCAGUCUUUGAAUGUGGAGCAUACUCAGCGGAUGCAAAGGGAAAGAGGGGAGGGAGACAGUGAUGGUGGAAGAGACAGAGGGAGAAAAAAAUGGAUUGAAGUGAGAGAGCCAGGGGGAUACAAGUCGAUUGAAUAAGAUGGGCAAUGCAGCAAAUUUGCUGAGCAAGAGGUUCCUGGGGACAGAAAAGCGGACUUUAUUUUUUAAAAAGGGAACAGAGUGGGCCCAACCACCCAUCUCAUGAUAGAAGAGCUAUCCCAUCAGCCUCCAGGGUGGAUCUGAUGACCUCACGCCUGUGACCAGCCAAUCGAUACAGAGCUGACGAGAGUUCUGUGGCUCUGACCCCCAUUCACUGUUAGUUUGUCAGCCUUAUCUAUGUCAAAUGGACUUCUACACACACAAACGCAGUAUGCUCUUGUGUCUAUGAGUGUGUAUUUGGGCGUGUGUGUUUGUAUUGUCGCUGUGUCAGAGGCCUGUGCACUGAGAUAAGUGGCUGUGCCUUUGAAACGUUUAACGUGUCAUGAUGCUUCUCCCAUUAAGCCUUUUUGGUACACAGCAGCAGUUUAGGUGUCCUGGCUGCUCACUGAUAGACUCUCACUUAUCUUCUGUAAUAGCCUUUAGUACACCUACAAUUCCCUCUGACUUGCUUUGUUAUCUUUACCAGCAAAGGUCGCACACUAAAGUGUUAAAAUCCAACAAACCUCAGCUAAGUUUUCUUUAUUGAGCACAAUAUUGUCUGUCUUUGUUGGUCUAUCUGACCUCCUUUUCUCAGGUUAAGUUGAUGAUGCACACUUUCCCACCCUACUAUGCUAAACAUGGUUAAAAUGCCAAAACAAACACACUCUAAGCCAGCGCUUGCAUGCAGGCCAAAUGUGUGUUUCCUUUUGAAUGCACUGUUUAUCCUGCAGGCUCCAGUGAAAGGUUAACCAACACCAAACACCCAUGCAGGUCCUCCACACAGAAGAAAGGUAUUAAUAUGGUGCUUAUUCUGUUCACAGCAAUCAGCAGGACUGAUGAUAAACAAGAAUAUCUGCAGUGUAUGCUAUCUUAUGAUUUCUACCCCUGCUGGCAUUGCUGUUCUGGAUUGUUUUGUUUGUCUCAUGUACUGACGAAUUCCUGUCACGUAGAAUUGGUGCUGCGAAACAUAACCUGGGUGGGUGUUUGUGUUGAUCCUAGAUUCAAGCUGAUGUAAGAUAAUGUAAUAUUAACUAAAAUUAAAGGUUGGAAGGAAAUGAGAGUUGUUAGCUUCCCUCUACUUGGUGUGUAGGGAGUGGUUUGGAGAUGUUGUGUAGACUUCAUUCACAAAAUCAGAUAAUUGCCAUUCAACCGGGGCGGCACGGUGCAACAGUGGUUCGCAGAGUUUCUUUGCAUGUGUUUUCUCUGUGCAUGUGUGGGUACUUUCUUCCACAGUCCAAAGACAUGCAUGUCAGGUUAAUUGGAGACCGUGACUUUCCUGUAGUUGUGGGAGAGUGAAUAGUCUUUAGGUGAGCUACAGGCGACCCUGCCCACGUUGUACCCUGCCUCUUGCCCAAUGACAGCUGGGAUAGACAGCAGCCCUCACGUGACCUUGAAUAGGAUAAUAAUAAUAAUAAUAAUACAUUUUAUUUAAAAGCGCCUUUCUGGACACCCAAGGACACUGUACAGGCAUUAAGAACACAGUUAAAACACAGUUAAAAUAAAUAGAAACAACAUGCAGGUAUGAAGAUGGACAGUUAAAGGGAAUAUGCAAUUUGGAACAGAUGUGUUUUGAGUUUUGAUUUGAAGUGGGGUAGCGAGUGGUCCAGAUAAUGGAAAAAUAGAUAACUAACCAUAUAUAUAUGACCAAAUAAACGAGUGAACAAUAGUUAUCAAUUAAACUGUGACCCCCCCAUACUCUUCCACCUGUUCACAGGAUCAAAUAUAUGAUACAAACAAAAGAGGCAAUAAAAACAGGAGCUAAAGAACUGAGGCGAGACGAUCAUAAUGUAAUGUGGAUGGAAACACAUCCACAGCAGACUGUGUAUUUCAGUCUGUUCAAAUCAAUACAGCGGGCUGAAAUAUGAAGGAAAAAGGAGGGAGUAAAUAAAUAGAGUCAAAUAUGAUGAAAUGGAAUACAAUUCGGGUCAGGAAGAUUAAAUCUUCAGUUGUGUUUUUAGAUCUGUAAUUGUCAAACUACUGUAGCAGAAGUAAUUAUUUUUGUCUUUUAGGAUCAGAAAUGUUUGAUAAAUCGAGAGAAAAGAAAUCAGAACAAAAAUGAAGCUCUAUUGAUUGUUUUUCCUCUUUUGCGAGGCGUUUUUACCUAUGAGGUCAUAUUGCACAUGCCAUUUAUAUUCGAAUAUUUUGUUCAAGUGAGAGCCUCUCUGUACACAUACACACACACAAGACAAAUGCAUAGACUGAGGGUGCAUGGGGUGUCUGCUGCUCUGCUGGUGUGUCAGCAGUGAGUACUGACUAAAUAAGGCAAGGCAUCAGUUGGCUUAUCAGCACCAGCCAGGAAUAUAUACCCGUCCCACUACUGAUAUAGCAGCCUGCCAUCUCACUCACACUAUCAUCUCUCCUGAAAUGUGCAUGCGAGUGCGUGCGUGCAUGCGUGUGUGUCCAUAAAAAUGAGAAGAAGAGAUUUGAAGAGAAUAGAAAGAGUGUGUUUGGAUAUGAGGGGUGAGAUAAGGUUGCUAUCACUUGGCAAGAGAAUAGAGGAAGUGUACGGUGUGUGUGGUGCAUUUGUGUCCAGGGGUGUUUGUUUAUCACCUGCUGUGUGAUGACCUCAGCCACUCAGCACCUGCCCUUUUUGGAAAGAGUUAUAGAUCAUCCUGUGUUUCAACAUGUGAACAAAAUAAUCCCAACCCGCAGUACAUCAUGUAAGAUUCCAUUUCUGCUCUCCCUCGAUUCAGAUGACUUCCUCUGCUCCAAAUAUGGCUAGUGGUGCGUUUGGGUUGACUUAUUUUGUUUCUGUGUCUGCGUGCGUUUGAUGUCGGCGCUUGUGCGGCCACUUCUAGAGUUCCUAUGAAGUGGCGCCACACACCUUUCAAAAGUAUGUGAAGUUGGGGCCUUUAUGAAGUGACAGAAUGUACAGUAGCAAUGAAGCAUGCAGCUUUUAGUUACUGUAACUGUGGGAGGGACCGCCAGCCGUCUGGAUCACAGUUCAGAGAGAAGCAAACCACAGCAUUCAAUAUAUUUAUCCCUGACAUGUCUCAUGUUCAUGGGAAUAUGAUCAUGUGAGGUAACACAUUUAUUGCUGACGAAAUCUAAUGCACACACUGACAAAAUAACCGGCCACAUGAGCCUCAAUUUAUAUUUAACAGUAAAAUUAAUGACUAGAGCCGGUGCUAUCUUGUACAUACAAAUAAGCUAUAAAUAAUAAAGCUGCUGCGAUGGUGCAUGCAUCAUGACUUUGUGGAGUUGUUUUUUUUUUAUCAAAUUACAGCUUGUAAUGUAAUCUUAUACUGUACUUCACCACAUUAACUCUCUAUAAAGUCAUAGUUAGCGGUCUGGGAAAUGUCAGUGGAUGAAACCCUGUAAGGAUCAGAAUAAAAGGCUAAUGAUGUGUUGAGCUAUAAAUGGCGGCUCAUUUGGUUAAAAUAAUGACGCAUAAUGAAAAUUAAUUGAUAAAUUUUAAUGUUAAUAUUUUUUAUUUAGCCGUUAAAGCAGCUUCAUUUUAAGGAUUUCCAUGUGAGUGUUAAGUCCAGCAUGUUAGUCCACACUAAUUUAUCUAAAAUACUUUGGGAUUGGUUUUCAUUAAGUAUUGACUGUUUUGAUUUCUAAUCAUUUUGUCACUUUUUAACUAAUCUCUGGUUUGGGUCAUGUUUGGGUCACAAAAAUAGCUCAUAGCAGAGCUUUUUAACUGGGAUGGCCAACCAGGGUAUUUAUUUUUGAGGGGGUGCUAUGAAGUAUGUGUGGACAAUCAGACACUAACACACACUCUUUGUCGAAUUGCAUUUAUUUACCCUUCCUAUCUCCACUAGAAAUAAAGAUAUCAAAAGAUGUUUUACUGAGUACAUUUGUUAAUAUUAAACAGAACAGUGACUUAAACAGACACUUAAUCCUCUGAGGAGAUGUUCAAACUGAUUUUACAUGACUUCUGUCUCUGUUUUAAGUUUUUAACUCUGGGGUGGCCAGUCAGAUGAGCAGGGGUGGGGGGCUAGGUCACCCUGAACCAACUCUUUAGAUCAGCCUCUGCCAGCUGCCCCACAGUCUAGCUUUGCAGAUUACCUGGAGUGACUGAUGCCUUGUCUUUAAGUUACAAUAAUCGACACUUUUAAACACAGUUUGAAUAAAAUAAAGAUGCACAGGAUAAAUUUUGGCACAUUUUCCACUUAGGAGUAUGUUGUACAGUGUAUAUCUUACAAGUACAGUAGCUGCAUUUUGAUGCAUGCUUUGCAUUUGAUCAAUAUUAUUAUGCUGUCCUCCAGCUUUGUUAGUGAGGAUGAUGUAGAAGUAGGUAGGAGAGGAAAUUUAAAGACUACAUUUCCAGUGUAAGUGGAAGAUGCUAUUUUUUCUUCACUCCCUCUUUAAUAUUUCUUCUCCCUGGUGGGAGGCGUGAGGAAGGCGAGAGGAGAAAGAAGCAUUUUUUUUUUUUUUUUUUUUUGCAGAAAUCACCAUCCAACAUGCCCAGCAACAGGACUCCUCUCUGAUAGAGAAGGUUUUUUAAGGAGAAAGACAUUGUGCAGGUUGUUCAGUGUAUUGUACGUUUGACUGUAGGCUUGGAUUGGAAGGAUUUUUAGGGGGCUUAUAUUUACACUGUAUUAGGGCUUUAUUCCCUGGAGAGUAGAGCAGAAUAGCCUGUAGGAAAUGUCUGUGUGUAAACGUGAGUGUAGUGCGCUGUGUCGACAGCAGCGGUGAUAGGAUUGAGUUUCACCGACAUGCCUUUUACUCUGCGUGGCUGUGGUUUGUAAUCUCUCUGAGAAUGGUACAUAGUUCUGCAGCUCCUCAAGAAAGGCUGUGAUGAGUCAGGCAGGCAGGAAGAGGUGGUGAAGGAGGAAGUCAUGUGAAGUCCAAGGCUGCUAUAAAGAGGUUAACUCAUGUCGUGGUACACCUGCAAUCAUUAAAAUUUUAGGAGUGCUUCUCGUACAAGAGCUUUCCUCCAUCUCCUCAACGAUCUUCCUUUCGCUCGUUCUAUAAAGAAUUUUCUACAAGACUGUACUCCCUCUGUUAUAUAACAGCGAAUGUGAUGCACUGCUUCUUACUUGUAGUGCAAUAACUGUGUAUGGACGAAUCAGUGGUGAGAGUUAAAUAAUGGAUUACAUACAGUGUGAUGUGAGAUGUAAAGCAGAUUGUGUUUUCAUAAGCUGGGUCUCUGUGGAAUUCUUUACAUUUGUGGUGUUCAUGUGUUUGCGAAAUCCUGCUGGGGAAAGGUAAUUAUUUAAAGAAAAUCCAAAACAAGAACACAUGACCUUGUUUUACAUGAACUGUUAAGGUGAUUUGCACAUAUUUGACUGCAAGUACAUGUGAAAUCCCCUCUGAUAUACUACAAGUCUUUAACAACUACAUUUUCCUUGAGUUGUGGUGUGCUCUGCUAGAUUUAGAGACUUUAAUGCAAUAUUGUUGACCUGCUUUGAUCAGUCCCUGUUUUUCUUUAAUGUAAACAGUUGCAACAGUGUUAGACCCCCAUGACACUAGCUUCAACCUCACACAAGAAUGCCUUCAUUAAUAUAUAAUGAGAAAAUUCAGCGUCUCUACAGAUUUAUUUGACAAUAAAUAAGAAGACCUACAGUAGCUACCCCAGAUUAAAUUGCCUCAAAAGCCUCAUAGGCUGUUUUCGCACCCUAACAUUUAUCUUGCUCAAUACCAUGGCAGCGACAGUUACUGAGGAAAUAGCACUGUGAGGCCCAGAUUUUGCUGACUGUAGGGUUGAGUAAGCAGUAGGCUUUUUUCUUGCUGUAUGUUAAUAAUUCUGAAAGACCUGGACUUGACAGCUUGAGUCAAGCAUCCAGGUUGUGUUUAAAGGCCUGGAACUUAAAGGUGGGGUAGGCAGGAUCUGAGGAAGUGCCAGUUUUUGGGAGAAAUCUUGAAUGUAAACACUACCCCUCCCAACCAAUUUUCCCCUCAGCGCUUCCUCUCUCCUCCCUGCUCCAGCAAGCCCCGCCCACAAACAGACGCUCCUGCUCGCUCGUAUUGUUUCAAUUAAAUUCAGAUAUAAUGCAGUUAAAUACUUCAGAUAAUUACAAGUGGGGCCCAGUCAAUGUUAAAGUAAAAAGCAUUGGUGCUACUGUAGAUGCCAACAGACUACCAGCAAACACAAUGUUUGCAGGACUUCUACAACUAGGAUAAAUUGACAUAGUCCAGGACCCGAGGUAAACAGUUUAGCGGCGCUACAACACGCAGCAGGUCCUGUUUGACAAGAAACACUUCUGUUCAGACACUUGGCUUACUUUGUUAAAGCGGUUUACCUGUCCAGCAGAAAGGUUACAGGGUCCGUAAGAUCAUGAAGCGCCCCAAUCAUUUAUACUUCAUUGAUUGUGACCCAGCUUUUUAGCUCUUGUCUGAUCUAACUCCUUUUUAAGCGUCUGUUAUUCCGCCAGAGUCUCCGGUAUUUACUUUGUUUUCUUGCUUGUGUUGCCAGUCAUAGCCAAAGGAGGAUUCAGACAAUUUUCCCUACUUUCUGGUUGGUUUCUACUGUACCAUAUUGUAGCAUGCUAACUUUGUUUGGGUUCGUGCACGUUAUUCGAGGACAUGGAGUGUGCCUCACAACACGAGGGAGCAGCGUCCGCCUCACAACCAACCAGGUUGGGGGAGGCGGAGAGCGGCUGUGUUUACAGUCAGAAAGAGCGAGCCGCUCAAGAAUUUUUAAAUGUUGACUUCACAGACAUAACAAAACGCAGCGAUAUCAUUAUAUUCCCAAAUGUCAUCAAUAACUAAUAGCCAUCGACUGAUAUUAAAAGCUUUUUCGUGUAUAUACCACAAAAAAAGCUUCUUUAACGGAGUCCUGCCUACCCCACCUUUUAUCAUCUAGCUAUGUUAAAGACAUUACUUUGCAUUAAGAAAUUUUCUACCAGCCUACAAUACUCAGUUGAGACUCCAGCUAGUUUAAUCUUUCUCGUGUGCAGUUUCUUAAAACAUAAUGUCAUCAUUCCAUAUCACAUUUUUUUCUCCAUUUACUUUUUAUGUGACAUGUAUGAGUAAUGUGCUCAGUGCAGUAGGUUGGGGAAAUCAGUUUUCUUUCUUUUAUAUUUCAUUUGAACUGUCUGUAUUUGAAUCUCAGGCUUUGGCUUGAGUGACAUGUUUUUUAAUAUAUUUAUAUCUUUUUUGCAUAUUUUCCAACACAUUUCAAAAUACAUGUUUGUAGAUAAAAUGACUAAAUCGAAUAAUUGCUUAUAAUUCAGAACAAUAAAUCAAUAUUAUAAAUAUAAGGAUUGGCUUUCGAUAUAUGAGGAAAUCUAACAGCAUAUGGUUAAUUUCUAUUUCCGAAUAGUUUAUUAACAACAUAGUUCCUACAACCCCAUUCACGUCUAAUGUGACAGAUGUAUGUUGACACCAAGGAAAGUAAAAUCUAACAUUGUGCCUGUAAAGUCCUCAAAAUGCACACAUUAAAACAUUAAAACAUCCGGUUUAAUGUUUGAUUCGGUUGUGUGACACAGAGCAACUGUUUUUUUCUAUUAAGUUUUAUUCUGUUUUUGUUCCUUCUCCCAGAGCUGCAUGUCUUUAACCUCUGGAUACUAAUGUGCCCUGCUAAAUCUGUUCAGCCACUCUGAUUGGCUAGCUAGGCAGCUUUGACUCCAGAUGUUCACGGAUUGGAUUAUGGAAGUAUCACUUCUCUCGUUGUUGUCGGAGUAUUGCUUUUCCGCGCACACCGAAAAAACCCUCUCUGAUGCAUGCAAGCGCUCUUGUUGUCUCACGCAUGCAUGAAAUCGUGGCUGUGGCCUUAUUUGUUGUGUAUUUUUGGAGGAUUUGUAGAAUUUAAUCAUGUCUCUGUAACUAAAACAUCUAUUUAACUGUUGAUACUUUUUGCAAUAUUUCACUGAAUUAUACUUCACUGUUGCAGGACUUGACCCACAUAUUAUAGGCAGUUGCAAUCAAUUUUAGGGAGGCAUAAUUUGCAAAUGUUUUACUUUGUUUUUCUGUCUUCCAGUUGGCCUAUGAGAGACCGCACGUAAAUUGUAUCACAAUUUUUUUUCACUGUGGGCAGAUGUAACCUCUCACUAAUGCUCCCUGGCUUUGCGCUGCAGAGGAAAUUGAUGGUUGUGUGCACAUAUGAUUGUGUGUGUGUCUGUCUGUGUGUAUGUGUGUGUGUGUGCAGACACUUGGGUGAAUGGUGGCAGGAGAUUGGAGGAGAGAGCACAGACCAUAAUUAAAACUAUUCCUUAAGCUCAAGUGGUUGCCAGGCAAUGUGACCUUUACUCGCACAGGUUCAUCUCGGAUGUUGAGCCUUGUAGUUAAACGAGACACACCACAGAGCGACAGUUUGUGUGUCUGUUUCUCUACCUGUGUGCAAAUCCUUUAUACUUUAUAUACUUGUUUUACAGCUGCUGAACAAAUCACAUUGUUGCUGAUUUGUGCGUGUGUAGUAGAGACAAGAUUUUAGCCGUACAGUAGUGUGUAGUGGCAGUUUGUUCAUUUGCACAUUCAUUAAUACAGCCAGGAUGCCUAGUUGGACAGCUUGCUCAAGUGUCUCUGCUGGUUACCAUGGUGACUGCCUCAUCGCCGUCAUCAUCGUGUCAACCAUUUGUUGAUUUUCUUCAUGAGGAAGUGGAGUGAAGAGGCGUUGUUGGUUUAACAUUGUGUUUAUUCAUCCUUUAAGCCUUGUGCAACACAUUCUGGCUCCAGAUUUACCAAGGAGAAAAUGCACUGGAGUCACCUUAGCGAGUCCUUUAUUCAGCCCAAAUAUUUUAUUCCCAGUAGACCUCAUUAUGGCACAUCCUGCUAAGAGUCCUCUUUUCUCAACUUCUAGUGCAGAUUUGAAUCAUUUGCAUAGAAGGUAGCUCAUUUUUCAAGCUUCUGCCUGUAUUUGUCUUUGCAUAUGUAUGUAUUGUGGACGGGGGAACAUUUGCAUAUUCGUGUGACAGCAUGUCUACAUUUGCAUUAGUGGAGCUCUGUGCAUGUGACUGUGUGUUUAUGCUGAGUAUGUUUGUCUUAGUGCAUACCCAGGUUAUUUUGCUAAAAUUAUCUUGGUGACAAAAGCUUGUAUGUUUAGAAACAGACACAUGCUUCAUGACAGCAACACAGAAAACAGAGACCCUGUUCUGGAUGAGGGCAGGAGUUUUAGGGUCACUAAUGAUACGAUACAAUACAAUACAAUAUACAAUAUGAUAUGAUACGAUACGAUAUGAUAUACAAUAUGAUAUGAUAUGAUAUGAGACAAUACGAUAUGAUAUAUGAUACGAUACAAUACAAUACUACAUACAAUAUGAUCCGAAACAAUAGGAUAUGAUACGAUACGAUAUGAUAUGAUAUGAUAUGAUACCAUACGAUACAAUAUGAUAUGAUAUGAGACAAUACGAUACAAUACGAUACAAUACGAUACAAUACGAUACAAUACGAUACAAUACAAUAUACAAGACAUACGGUACAAUACGAUAUAACAUGAUAUGAUACGAUACGGUACGAUAUGAUACGCUAGAUACAAUAUGAUUUGAUAUGAUACGAUAUGAUACAAUAUACAAUAUGAUACAGUACAAUACGAUAUGAUAUGAUAUGAUACAAUAUACCAUACGAUACGGUACAAUACGAUAUGAUAUGAUACGAUAGAUAUUGUAUGAUAUGAUAUGAUAUGAUAUGAUACGAUAUGGCAGUUAUUAAAGUGAUCUAGAAUGUUAUUUAAAUGCUGCUAAAAAAAUAAAAUAAAACACAACUAGAACAUAAUAAACUAGAACACAACACAAAGCUCAACCUUGUAUGGCUGUCGGUUUUUCAUUAAAAGAACUUAAAACAAACAUUCAACAUGAUGUGCAAAUGUUUAAAUACUCUCGAUUGUUGCAACCUUAUCAGUGAUGGCUUUUUACAGGCCUCUGGCAAAGGGGUCUGUCAUGAAAAAAGUAGCCAUAUAGGGUUGAAAACUUGCCGCUCAGCAGUGGUGCCCCCCUUCGCUGCAAAUUUAUAGACUGCGCUCUUUGGAUGAUUUUGUACUGUGACUGUCUAUUUAGUGUGACUUUGCUUAAUCAUGUCCUCCAUUUUUAUAGAAUAAUAUUACUGUACAAGUCAAAAGUGCAUGGAUUGGGCAGGUUACAAUGAGCGCCCUCUGCUGGAUCAUACAACAAGCUACUUCAGGCAGCCUGAUUCGCUUGUAUACUAUAUUAUUAUGAGUUUGAACGGCUCAUUGCAGUUUGAGUAUGAACGUUUCCCCUGGAGUUUAUGUCUCUGAAUUUCAAAGACAAAGUGACAGCCUACAGCCUUGUAAGUAAUUUGGUUUCAACUAGGACAACUUUUGAAACCUGUUUCAAAAAAUGUUUGAGGCGACCAGUUAGAGUGACUCUGUGCUCAUGUCAUAGACUCUCAACUAACUAGCAUUUCAAUGCAGCACCUAAACACAACAGAAACAUUGUGACAGGAUUGAGUGGAGUUAUUAUAUUGAUAAAGCUUUUGUAAAAGAAACUGAAUAAAGUCAGUGAAAUAAAUGGGAAAUGACAAAUAUUUCUCUAUAUCUAUGGAUAGUCUUUCUACUGUUUCUACUGCUUGAGGUGUAGUGAAGUUUACAGAGUUCAAAAGGUUUACUUGGGUGAGAUGCAGCUCCGGUUUUACUGAACUUGUUCUUUAAUUUCAUAGCAGCUAUAAAAUAAUUUCCCUGAUUAUUAAUGUUAUCCUACUCUAAGUCAGUGAAUUUGUAUUGUCAUGAUUGACAGUUGCUUCUGUUUGCUCAUCAGUUUUUAGUGUAAUCCACCUACAGUAAAAUUAAAAAUCAAAACCACGCUUCAAAGGCUUGCAGAUACUCUGUCCCUGUUUUUUUUUCUGCAGUAUGUUGUUUAGCCACCAUCCCCCCUCCCCCCUCUGUGUCAUUAGCUGUAUCAGCUGUGGCCAUGUUUCACCAGCAGUGUUGACACAAAGAGCACCGAGCAGAGGCCUGAAUCCCUGCCACUGCCCUUCACCAAAACCAGAGGGAUCAUCUCAGAGAGGGAUUCUGUGUCACUCUCUCAGCAGACUCAUGUCAGCACUCAGAGGGGAGUGUAUCAGAUCUGAACAUGAACCACACAUGUAUGUUAACAUCUGCAGAAUUUAUUGGUAUAAUAAUUAAGUCACAAUGCUUUCUGAGAGUCACUUUAAUGCAUUCAGGUUUAAAAUCCUGAUGCCGCGGCGGACACGUAGACAAAUACCUAUGACCAUUCUUUUGGAUGAAGGCCAGUUGAGGUCACAGAGGACGCUUCAGUGUAGAGCUCCUGAGUAAGGAGCACCGUUGGGAGAUUAGGUCUGUUUGUAAUCCAUGGCCCAAAAUGUUAGAGGAGUUUGGGGAUUGUUUCCUAUUUAAUGAAAUACCAAUUCCACGUAUUCUUUUUCCCAGAAGAUGAAGUCUGUUUGGGUGCUGGUCUUGAAUCUGUCUCAAGUUAAGAUUCAAAAUAGAAUUUGGAUCUUUUAGAGGCGAUUAUACUAUUUUUGAAGUACUCAGAGCCAAAAUAAAUGAUGUUUCUUAAAGUAAAAAACUAAAUUAAGACUUGAAAAUAAGAAUAAUUUGAUUAUGCUUUCUUACCAGGAGACAAGUGGAUUUAUAAUACUGUCAAAUCAGUGUGUAAAAUUUUAGUCAAGCCAACAGACUACAUACAACAAAAUAUGUUUUUUUUUUUUUUGUCUGAACUCUGGUCAAAUCAGGAGAGGAGUCAAAGAGAGACACUUGUCCUUGCGUUGUCAGGAGGUUGUUUAAUUCUGUAUUUAAGGCACGCAGUCAAAUUUGACUUGUCUGUAAAUAAAAUCGAGGGUUACUAGCAGAAGUGUUUUCAUCCUUUAGACAGACUGGUGCUUGUGUUCUUUCAGCUUGGAUAAGCUAACCACAUGCUUUGUAUAGCCUCUUAUUUAGCAUACAAAUGCAAGAGUAGAAUCAUUAUCUUUUACUCUCAGCAAGAAUGCGUAUAGUUGCUUUUUCUGAUAAUGUUCUUUUAAGUUAUGUAACGUAGUGAUAUGCAUUUUCUAAAGAUGGUUAUCGUGUCUUUCUCUCUCUCUUUUGUCCUCGUCCUCUACAAUCCGACAGGUCUAUUCAUCACCUUAUCAUUCAGUACCCUGCACCUUGAUGCUUUCAUCCUUUCAUUUGUUCUUUUUUUCACAUUUUCACAGGCUUUAUUCCAGAGCCCCUACCUGUUAUUUCGUAUUAUACCGUUCUGCUUCACUCUCUCUGCCUUCAACGCUGCUUAGAAUGCCCUGUUACUUCCAACUCUCCUUGCAGUUUCAGGUUCCCGUACCCAUCUGACUGCUAGUCAUAAGACUGUAGAAAACUCGAUAAGCCUAUCUCAUCAAGGAUGAUGUUUUCCUUUUUUUCUGUUCUUUUACAGAAAAGAUAAAAAGCUCAGAGAGAGAUAGAAGGCGAAUCAGCCCAGCCUGCCAAACAAGGAUGUCCUUAGAUCUAAAAUGCUUCAAGUACAGUACAUGGCCAAAGCAAAAUAUCCUCAUUAUACUGCACUGUAGCUCUCUCUUCAGGAUAAAGUUAGCUUAUCUCAUAAUAACAGCCACUCCAUCUCCCAUUUUAAGCCUCAUUUGCUGUUGCCAUUGUCCCCCCCACCACCACUGCAGCCCCUGGUAAUGUGAGCCCAGACCUCAGCCCAGGAAUAAUUCCUGAAUAAUUUCAGUGUCAGUUUUAGCUAACCACUAAUGGUGUUAGUCAUGCUGGAGUAAUCCUGAAUUAGCACCAGACGGGAAUUCAAUAGCAUUGCCUGCACAGAUAUAAGAGAUGUAUGCACGGCAGGCUAAGUGCUAAUUUGUGCAGACUUUCUGUGAUGUUGUGGGCUGCUCUUUUGGACCUGGGGAGUGUUUGGGCAAGAUAUAGGGCGGUAUAUUCCGUCGAUGUAUUAUAUCCUCUCAUGAAAAGAUUAGUGAACUCAGGAAAGGAUGGGGCGUUCACUAAGGCUGCCAUUUCCAGCUGACAUCACGCUCAGGGUGGAAACUCACAUGCUCUUUUGGGUAUAUUAAAUAUUUUGUAUCUCACUUAUUAUCAUCAUUAUUAAAAGAGGUAUAUUUCAGUUAGAUAAGCUCACAUUAACAUUACCCUUGGUUACUGGGGUGUUACUGUUACAGCUUGCUGAGUAAGGUAGCCUUUGCUCACAAUUUAGCUUAUCAAACUGUUAGAUUUGAAGGAAAGUGUUCAUUCCUAGUUAACAGCAGGGAGGAAUUUCAGGCCUGUCCUUUAGUACCAUGUUGUCUAAUUGUAGCUAACAUUACUGGGCUACUAGAAUGUGACUGUAUCAGCUUCCUAAGUGGGUAGGCUAUGCUAACAAUUUAGCUUGACACAAAGGAGGAAAACAUUAAAAGGCAAGUGUGAAUUCCCGGCCAAGAGCAGCAUUAGCUUGGCAUUAUGGCCUUAUCUUGUUACGCUAGAAGUGGUAUAGGUGACAAAUGAUCAAAUGUGUUAUUUAAUUUUCAAAUAUGGCCCGGUUCUGCUUCAGUUUUUUGUAAAUUGAAGUCUUAACAGUUGGAAAUAUUGAGAUGUGACUGUAGCCGUGUGGUAUUAGUAUUAGCGGGCGAAAAAAGAAAGAGAUGGAGUUAAAUGGAUUAUUGUUGAGUGCUGAUGUUUACAAGGACAAGGUCAAGCCUCAUCUUCUAUCUUAUUAUAUACAGUACUAGUCAGCAUUCCAGUUACCAGCCGCGGAUAAGCGAGGUAAAAAAAAAAGGGGGGGGUUGGGGAGGUUGAUUGAGACUUAAAGGGGGUGGAGGGGUGCAAGAGAAGAAGGGGCCACAGAUCUGUGUCAGCAUAUGUGAGGGAGAUUCUUCAAAUAGGCCAUAGCUUGGGGUUUAAUGGACCGAGGCCACUCAGGGGAAUGUGCACGAAGGACACACAAUUGUACAUGCACUCACACACAAACAGGCACCUAAUACACAUACUUUAUUCUGAGAGAGACAGAGGUAUGACACUUAAAGGAGGAUGCACCAUGCAGUAUGGGAGCUUGGGUUUGAAAUUUAAGCCUGCAGUAAAAUUAGAGGAGCUGAGGUGCAUGCCUCAGCAGUUCUAAAUACCCAGAAGUCUUUGGACUCCUAUUUACUUUCUCCCUCUCCGGUUCAGUCUUUAUCUACUUUUGAUUCCCACUCGAUUCUUUUGAACGGUUUUAUUUCCCCCCCUCUUUGUCUUUCUCACAUUUAUCCUAUACCUCAAACAGACACACACACACACACACACUCUGCAGGGAGAAAAAAGCACCCGCUGCACAGCCUGCCAAACUGACUCAACACUUUUUCACACAAUUCAUUUGUCUCAAGUGAUGAAACAAAAAAACGUUGAUCCCACAGUUAUCAAUAUAAUCUCCCAAAGCCUCGGUCCAAGAGCUUCAAAGCCGUCUCUCCUUUCUACACUUUGUCCAAAUUUCUACGAACUGCUAUGUGUUUGUUUGACAUCUUUCGCAUUUGAGCCAGCAUGUGCAUUUAGGGAUUCAAAUACCUCGAAUUGUUUGAACUGUCACCAGUACUGAGCCACAGAGGAGCACUUGCAUGAUUACAAACUAGAUCUGAACAGGUGUUGCUUUAUAUGCACAGUCAGAUUGGCCUCCAGUAGGGAAGCUGCAGACUGUCUGGCCAGAUAUAGAACUUUUUCAUAGGUCAGACAUGGGUUGCACUCUGUUGUUUACUCAGACUUUCGACUUUAUAAUCCGCUGGAUGAUGAACUCUAAAUUCAGCUUGAAAUCCUGUUUCUAUCCCUUAUUCCUGCUUGUUUUUGCAAAUAGACACUGCAAGUCUUGUACAGGCUGUUAAAGAGAUAAUAAAUCAAUUUGACUGUGCAUAUUGUUGUUCUGACUUUUUCAUGUUUAACACGUGGCAACAGGAUUUAUCUGCAUCUCUUUAGUUAUCCAAAAGACAGCAGAUAUUUGGUGGAUAGCAGCAUCUCCAGUUUGUAUUUUUUGAAUGUGAAACAGCUGUCUUUGUUUUUAGUAGUUGUAUGAGUGGAUGUUUUCAUUUUGGAUACAAGCAGGGACCGCAGUAUAAUCCAGCCACUUGUUCAAAUGUUGUGAAUGAUAUAAUUUUCAAGACUCUUUCCAGCCUGUUUUGCUGUUGCUACUCCGUUUAUUUGUGCAGCUAAAAAGAAGCAAGAAUAGUAAGAAUCUUCUUGAGUGAUGACUCAAUUUGUAGACCAAAAAGUGGCAGCCCCCAGUGGAGAAGCCUGCUAGUUUGAGUUAAAUGUGUAUCAAAUUAAAUUUACUGAUGAAAAGAAGAAAACCUCCCAACCCUUUCAUCUCUCUGCCUAACAUGCCCACGUUUUCUCGCCUCUCAUUUCGCUCUCCUCCCGUCCCACUGCUCUAUCACACUCCCAUCAUUCUCUGCCUGUCACCUCCCGCAACCAGACAUCCUGUCUGUGCACAGUCUGCAGCGCUUCCUGUGUCUGCCCGUGACUUUCGGCCCGGUCCGCCUAAAAGGAACUGUUAAGAUCCUUUAGGAUAUGUCACGGGCGGGCUGUAUGCAUUGGUGACGCAUUCAUGCCUCCUUUCACUCGGCUGCACAUUUCACACAUUUCAGAAAUAGAAGCAUGUAUGUCCUUGUGGCAGCAUGUGUGGCAAGUGGAUGUCUACAGUAUGUAUGUUUGCGGUGUGAUGUAACAGGAAUGCUUUCAAGUCUGUUUUAACAUCAGAGACCAUUAAGCUAAAAUAAACUCUACCUGCAUUCAGCCAUGCCAGUUAUACUUCCGUAACAAGUGUUUGUAAUUUAUGGCAAUAGGCCGUAAAUUGUGUGACAUAAAAAUGUCUGAAAUCAGAAUUUCCUGUUUGCAGCUGGUCAGUUCAGCCUGUAGACACAGCCUGAAAGUGUCCUCUGUAUUUGGGUGAUACAGAAGCUUAUUUCUAGAACGGAAAUGGUCCGUGUCUCUCGCCAGCAUAUGGCUCCUCAUGCAUUUUAAUAUCCCACUGUCCCAGCCCCGUCAAAAACACGGCUGCCUAGAGUCCAAGGACAGAGAAGUAUGGUCUGAAAUAGAGACAUCUGUCCGUUGGGGUCACUCUGGCAGAAAGACAGUGGGAGCGAGGGAGGGGAAGAGGAUGCGGCAGGGGGGGGUGAGUGAUGUAGGGAUGCAGCAUCAAUAAAGAAGGAUGGAAAAAAACAGGCAGCAUUGAUUGAAAGAGAGAAGGGAUGCUGAAUGAAAGAGGAAGAGGAAGAUGGAUGAGUGGGGUUAAGCAGGGCGUGAGGCACAGCUGUCAAUACUUACAGUGAUACUCGGACAGCACAUCUGGGCGCCUCGGUCGCAUGUCGUGCUGUCAUGAGUUGUGUAAGUGUUCCAUUCAUUAUCAAUCUACAGAAGUGACCAAAACACAAGUUAACCAUGUCUAACUCUGUCUUAAUUGAAUGGAGUCGGCUUGUUGGAGAGCAUGUGUGCCUUCUCUAGCUCUCUCAAAAUUUGUGUUUUUGUUUGUACACAGGCAUGUGUACAUGUGACGUAUCUUUCGGGGGAGUUUUCAAGGGAUUUGUUAAGCAGGUCACCACCCUGGCCUCUCUGUCCAGCCAUGCUACGCUCCCAUAAUACCUCUCAGGGCUAAUGCUGCGCUCACAUUGAUUCCAAAACAUAUUACUCUUCGCCCUUUUGGGUUUGGAGCAUCAGCAUAUUAUAAUAGAAGGAGAUGCUAGUUUUUUUUAUAGUGCUUUUUUAAAUACACUCUAGGGUUUUUUCACAUAUUAAGAAAAAUGUGUACACUUUUAUUGAUUUGUAUUUGUAGUUUUUGUUUCCCAUUUAUUAACAUUUAAAGUGCAUUCGAUUUUCCAUCAGUCACCUCCAACAGUCACCUUUUUAUGACUCGCUGGCAUGGGAUUCAAACCUAAGCCCUCAUCACACCACCUGCUGUUCCUACAUGUUAUAAUAUGAUACGAUCAUAUGUGUCCACAUGUAUGUGCAUGUGUGUGUGUGUUUGUGUACCCGCUGGGCACUGCUCCCAUGUGGUUCAGCAGCAGCGCAGUGCUCCAGACUGGAUUAAGGUCUUGCUUGGAUGUGGCCGCGCUCCAUUUGGAAAAUCAGGAUUUGGAUUUGAGAUAGAAGCACAAGGGGUGGUGUUGCGUCAUCUCCAAGAGAGAGUCAGGAUGGGUGAUGUAUGGCACAAAGAUGAGGAGAAUGAGGCGUGGAUGGAGGGUCAAAGAGAGUGGGCAAAUAAGAGAGAAUAAGAUAAUAGUGGCGUUAGGUUGUGUUGUGUCUGGAGCUGAUGAUUAAAAAAAAUGUGAAUUGAAGUUCAACUCAAGUCUCAUGUUUGUGUUUUCCUCCAGAACGGCCCAUGCCAGGACAAAAAGUGAGGCUGCUGAGCAAGCUGCAAUCUCUGCUGUACAUGACUCUGAAAUCGCCAGGGCGGUUGCAAGGGAGCUUUCUCCAAACUUCUACCAACCAGGUAACUCUUAACAACACGUUGCUGAUAUUUUGAAGCAUGUCCUCAGAAGUAAAGUGCAAACAUCAAACAGCUUGAGCAGGUAGAGUGUCCCGCAGAGUCUCUUGAUACUCUCCAGCUGUCAAAUUAAGUUGUAGUUGGACUGCAGGUGCACUGAGGGGUUGUAGAGGUCAGCUGUAUUCACUGCACUGAAAGAAAUGUAAUAUUUUUAAUAUUUCAAAGGGACUCGAUUUGCAUAAAUAUUUGGUUUGGUAUUCAUGGAAGUAGAACUCUGAAAUAAGGUUUUUAGAUAUUUUAGACAUAACUGGCCAAGAAAUGAAGGAAGCUAAAGAGGGUUUAAAUCAGGAAUGGGGAAAAUAAACAUCUUUUUUUCGCUCUAAAAGCAAAACAGUAAUGUCAUCUUUUACCUUUUAUCUGAAGGAGUACCAGUUCUGACGAGUAUUUAAAUGUAUAUGUGAAUUAAGCAGCCUUAAGAGGACAUUUCAACUAAGUGUGUUGUCCAAAGCUAACUAGGAAGGUGUGGUGUCCUCAAGCAAAUGAUCAGUCUAUUGAAACCAAUUGUUACCGAAUUUGUAACAAGGGAGAACCUGGGUACGAAAAAUGAUGUUUUCACCCUUUUUAAAGAUGUUUACACAUGUUGUGUCUGAUUAGCUAAUGAGCUUAUUCUAGAUGCACAAAAAACAUAGGGUUUGGUUUUCCAAGACUAAGAAGUAAUCGAAGACUAGAGGUACUGAGGAUGGUUUCCAACACCACAAUGGAGAUCUGUGUCUGUGCUUAGACAAAGCAGAGCCAGUUUGAAACCGGGUACAGUAAUCUGGAUGGAAGCCUUGUCUGUGCUUUCAAAGGCCUGUUGUAGCUGCUCAGGGACAAAAAAAAAAAAAAAAACUUGCAAAAUUUGGCAGCCAUAGACCCUGCCAAAAAAAGUGUAAAUGCACAUUUUUCUGUUCUUUUUGUGGUGUUUUUUUCUCCUCCGAUUGUAUCAAACUCGUGCUCUUGGAGAGUCAUAGAAAUGCCUCAGAGGUAUAUGGGCGGUGUUCAAGGUGGUGUUCCUAUCACUCCUAAUACCAAGCUGAUCUCAUCUUUCCUCCGCCUGAAGGUUUCACAGGCAAACUGCCAUGUUUUUACUGCAGCUCUCACAGCUAAGGGUGUUGACUCGACUCUGUUUAGUUCAUUUACAAGGUAAGCUGAGUUUUACAAGGCAGUGCUGGGAAUAUAAUACUACAUAAAUAGUGAGGAGCACAAAUCCUUUUUGGUCAAAGGGCUUAUGAUGCAAAGGGGGGCAGAGGUGGAACAAAGGGCACAGAGAGGGCAUCAUUGGGAAGUGUCUGACAAAGUUGCAGUGAAUCUACUCGUUUUAAACACCAGUGGUUGGUUAUAGAGGAAAUAAAAUCUUCAACUUUUACUCUAGAGGGAUCAACAAUGAUCCUAAUUGGUUUGGCUUGCAUUCCUUAAAAUUCCUAGCAUAUUCAGAAGCGGCAUGUUCUACCCUUUAUGUUUCUUUAUUCACAGUGUAAGGCUUCAUCAACUGGCCUCACCUCUUCCACUGUGUGCAAUAUAUUUAGUCCUAUGAGCUAGCUGACCUUGGGCCCGUGCCAAAAGCUGCUACAAAAUAGUGUGUGACAAAUAGAUCGACAAUGGGACCCAUUCAAGCAUGCCCAACCACUAAGCCUUAGAAACGGUCAGCCCAGGCCAGAGACAUCCCGCCGCUUGUUUGUGUUGUGGAAAACAGCGGUCAUGCUUGGCAGAGCAGGGGAUCUCCGGGGUUCACAAGUCUGUGCGGCGAGUGUCCUUGCCUUAUAAGUCAGAUUAUGAAUGAGAAAGUGGUUGAUGUCAUGAUAAUGUGCAACGCGGGGCGACAUCUGAGCCGUGCGCAAGGUUGGUAAGCCAAGUCGAGGGCCAAAGAGGCACCUGCAAAGAGCCGAACCCCAUUCCCCAUCCGUCAGUUUUAUUUCUAUCGUGUGAAAGUCUUUGUCUUUUUGCAGUUUGGGGAAUUCACUCAACCUACUAGUUCACAGUUUGUCCUACAGGUUUGAUUAUGUUUGAGGUUAAGUAGAGUCUCUUAUUUUGGGCUUCCCAGCAAAAGACAACAAAAGAAAAAUAUUGUUUUUCCUCAUAAUCUUUUUUUAUCUAUGUGUUUCAACUUAGAUCCUCACCUACAAAAACAGAUAUUUCCCAAGAGAAACCUCCAAAUAUUCUCACUUAGCCUCAUCCCUCAGUGUCUAACAAGUCCUCCUGGGUAACAACUAAGGGUUCAAACCCCUUGUUGUUUGUAAUUGGCAUUUCAGACUCAUAGCAGAUUAUCACCCAGAUUGGGAGAGUGCACUUCAAAAGGGAAGAGAGGUUCACAGGGAAUAGGACCCUGACCUUUACGAUUGGUUCGCAUACAGCACCCUGGAGUGUGGGGGGCAGCAAGGGUUAGUGAGGCGGGGCCUAAACCGUGACGUUAAUUGAGCUAUAUUUGGUGCUCACAGGGGUCUAAUGGAGGCAUAGCUGAAAUCUUUAUGCACUUGGAGGAACCCGGCCCCACGCUCGCCCCCUCUCAAGGGCUGACGCAGAGCAGCUGUCCCUUCCUUCAACCACACCAGGGGAGGGGUUGAGUGAAGGGUUGGGGGGGUGAAUUGGGAUCCCACUCCGCCCUGUUUGACCCAUUCAAGGUACACAACCAGGUGGAACCAUAAAACCCGGAGCCUGUCAGGGCUAAAACCUAGACACCGGCAGGUGUUGUUUUAUAUUCAUGGCGACAGGUGUUUUGGAGUAAGUUUCAUGACAGUAGAUCAGCUUAAGUUUAAAGUCAUGCAGCAACUUCAUGAACUUUCAAGGAUAGUGAAUGCUAAUUUUCAAGAAGCCACUGAUUUGACCCCAUACUUCACAUUUAAAAGCAUUAUUAUCUGUCCAUUUUGUUGCCUGAGUUAACAUAAUGUGUAUCCCCUUGUGAUUUAAAGACUGAAAAAGCUAAAAUGUUUGCUUCUACUUCCUUGUAGUAUCUUCCAGCAUGUAUCUCUGUCAAUCACGUCAUUUCAUGUGAGCCAAACCGACCCUCUACAUCUUUCUUUUCAUACUUCCUCUUUCCAAAAAAGGCCAGAAAGACCAUGGCGUAGUCCGGAUUUGCUUGUGUUCCUAGAAAUACAAACGUAAGCCAGUACAUGUGUAUGUAUCUAUGAACAGUAGUACCAGUAAGCUGGCCAAACAAUGACAGCUCUCCUUGUCCAUCUGUCUGUGUGAGUGGGAGGAUGAAAGAGAAAUCACAGCCCACAGACGUGACUAAUACAUAUAUAUUACAACAGAAAUUCAAAACAGGAAAAUGCAAAUGCCACUUAAUGCCUUUUUUGUCCAUUUUGUAUGUAACACACAGACACAAUGAACAUUCAUGCAAAAUGUUUACCCGAGGAAAUAUGUACGACUGAACCUUACAUGUGACAAGGAUGUCAAAGCCAAUGGAAAUCAAAAUCUACAUAAGUCUGUCAACAUGUAAACAAAUAAAAAACACCAUCUUUUCAGUAAGUAUUGAUAUUAACCCUCUUUAAAUAGCUUAUAUUGACCCAGAACUGGAACUAGAUGUCGUAUAUUACAAAAAUCAAGCAGUUUAGUCUGCAAUCAAAUAAUAAGUAAUGUCACACAGUGGUUAUCUUGAAUCCGUUGCUCGUAUCUGCUGAGUAUCGAGAGCCAUGGUGGUUAAGUCCUGCUUCUUAUUUAAUGAGGAUUCUAUUUUUACCUGCCAAAGAGUUUGACUUUGUCGUAAAUAGAGUACAAGCCAACAAUACAGAGUCAUUAACCUUGAUAUCAUUGCUUAGAGAUCUGUCGAAGGAUUAUGGUGUUUACUUGCUGCCAGCAAUGAUAUGACUAGUUCAGCAUUUAGGCGGUUGCCAUCUCGUCACCAACUGAAACUUUUAUUAUUUCUGUAAAUCUAGCUGCAACGUACUGGAUCUCAAGCUUAAUUUGAUGGAGAGCAACUCAAAGUUUAUCUUACUACAUUUUACAAGUAGUUUGCCAACCCCUGACGUAUAUGUUGAUCAAGAUAUAGGUUUUCGAAUAGUUGUAACGAGCUACUUUUGCUGAGAUUACUCUAGAUGCUGCAUGGAAUUCUAGGUUUUGAUAUCACAAAAAGGUAUUUACUGUCAUUUAUAUGUCAAGAACAGCCUUAAGUCAGUGUUUGGUCAUGAGGAUUUCAUGAAAAGUGAAAUGUAAUUGAUAUGUCCAGGCUCAAGCGGCUGAGUGACCUUUAAUCUCUAGGGUUUAUAUGCUACUGCCCCCCUUGAUAUACCGUUGAACUUCAAAUGAUGCUCCAUUGCAACAGAUGUGAUACGAGCACAUUCUGUACUCCCCCCCCCUCCUCUUGUAUACGCACAUCCAGGCAUGCACACUCAUACUGAAGCUCCCCUCAUGCUGCUGCUGUUCAUCUCAUAUUAAGGUCAACAGGGGUUAGGCUGGGACUUAAACAGCCUAUCUGUUGUGUUUUGUGCACCUAUAUAGCUGUGUUUAUGUGCGUGUUGGUCAGCGCGCGUGUUUCGCUGAGAGAUCACUGGAGCAGAAAAUGUGCUGUGGAUUAACUUGAACAGAACUGGCAACCACAGCUUAAACAAAAGCCUGUAUUCUCAAAUCCUCAAAGAGAUAAUGGUGUGGAUGGAAUUAAAAAAAAAGAAAAACAGAAAGUGUUGUGAUGAGGUUUUUUUUUAUAAAGAAACUAAAUGUAAUUGCACAUUCAAGGAAAUGAACUCUGAAUGCUGUAACAGAUUUUUAUAUGUGUGUUUUUUGUGCUUAUUGGGGUUUGUGUUGAGUAUUUUUGUCUUGGUCAUGACUAAUACCGUGGCCUACUUUAAUGACUCUAUUUGGGGGGGCUGCAGACUCAGCCUAGAUGAUCAAUGUUCAGAUGAAAGAAACACCACAGCCAUUUGGGUAAUUGAGUCCCAGUACAUGAUCCAGCUGACCUGGCUGGAUUCCUUGGGAGGGUACGACCAGUAGAUCUUCACUGUCAUUACGGUGACAUUUACACAUGCCUCCAUUUCUCCAAAAUGCCAGCGCUUAACCAAAAUCCAUGUUUUUAAGUAGAGGACUGCACUGUCUAGAGCUGUAGAUGUUGUUUUCUUAAAUCAUCAAUGCAGCACUUGGAUAUGAGUGUGAACCUGGGGGUCAUUUUAGUGCUGCAAACCAUUCAGAAAAUGUCUGGAACCCCUUGCAGGAAUCUGUCCCCAAACAGAGUGAAACUGCUUAGGUCCGCCCACAGGGGCCUAACUCUUAUUGAGUUAUGGUGUGAAAUUAAGCUCAGCAGAUACAUUAAGCCCCACAGAUGUUCAAAUGUCCCCUUGUGUCUUUGUAGUGGGUCUUAUUAGUUGUGGAGGUUAUGAAACAAAUUACAAAUGCCAUGCAGCCAAAAAAUACUUUGGGCUUAUGAGUACUGGGGCCAAAGUGGCCCGGUGAUAGGCUGUUUACACUGACAUAAGAUGGGAUAUACUUGUUCUCCUCUGGAUUUUAGGUUUGCACAACUGUUCCAAGAGGUGAUAUCUAAUUAGUCUGAAAUCUCUGCAGUUGCUUUGCUGCUGCACCUGUGCAAAAGUGAUUGACUGAGCUAGCCUAAAAUGAAUGUAUCAGUAUGAACGCAUCAGAAUCACAGAAUUUCUAUAGUCCUCGAGUCAGGGCGACUGUAUAUUGUAAUUUUAUGUUGAACCAAAUAAUAGGGAACCUAUAAGAAGUGAAAAACAAGCAAAACAGCUGAGAGUUAUUCUCUUUUAAUAUCUUCUCUUUAACAUUUACAUAUGAAAGGACUAUUCUGUAUUGUGCCUGUGUGUCUUUCUUUCUAAUUCAAAGUGGUUAUAUGGUCGACCAAGGAUCCUUCGGUGCUCAUACCAUCUGAUGUACUUCACACAAAGCAGCAUUGUCUCUGUGUUAGUCACACUGACACUGCCUAAUUUAGACAGAGUGAAGAAAAAACAGGCAAACAAAGAGCCUGAUGUCUCUAAUAAAUAUUAAUUCAGUGCCGAACAAUGGGGCAGAUAAAGUGUCAUUUUUCUCACAUGCAGAAAAGCAUUUACAUUCAGAACCAAGCUCUACUGUUCGUGCACUUGAGCACACAAUGUUCAUGAUAGAAAUUCAAAGGUAUAUAAUGGGAUGAGAAGUGCUCAUUUAUCCUCGAAGUCCUAUGACUACAACUGGGCGAAAUAACCAAGGACUGCACUUCAUACACUUCUUAUUGAGUAAGCGCUCCUCCAGACAAAAAGAAAGGCGUAAUUGCACCUUAAGAUCAACUCUCAUUAUCCGUACAAGUGUGUCGGUUGGAUGCUGGGAAUUGAUGUGACAAGAGCUUUUCCAGGAAAACAACAAACUGAUAAAAGAGAAUAAGUGAUGAUAAAGAAGCGCCUGCAGAGAAGGCUCGCUUUGUGAAAGGGAGUCUGUGACCUUGCAUAAAUCAGCCUAUUUCCCUGUCUCCUUCUUUACAGGAUUAUUGAAUAUAUAAUGUUGAUUCAUGAAUAUUUUAAUUGAAAGUUCAGCUCUGCUUUGGGCCAGCUUUGGUCUGUAUCUAGCUAAUGGUGCAGCACAGUUAGGUGAGACGGGGUGGAAAAUGAAGCGUGCUCUUUGUUAAUCUGGCUUUUUGGACAGUUGCUGGAUCAGAAAUGUUAGAAUAGAACUGCUGUCAUUUUAGGAUUUGGUUGGGUCUCCUGUGGUAAUGCUGAACUAUCUCUGAACCUUGGAUAAUGGGGUAUUUGCAUUUGUGUCAGCCUGUCUGUUUUGCUCCAAUUUUUUUGAGCUAGGCAGUUGUUAGCAUCAGUUUGUGCUUUUUAUGAGGGCUCCUAUUACAUUCAAGUCAAAGUGGUUAGUUCCAGUGGUGGCAGGGCCUAUAGAGAGUAAUGACAUGAUGAGUUUUAAACAUUUUUCUUUGUAUUUCAUUGAGUGUUCAUCACAUGGAAGGGAGCUCUCAGUUGCAUAAAAUGCUUCCAGCUCUCUUCCUAAUCAGAUGACUUUCACACUUAAACUUUAUCUGCCAGUCUUGUCAGAUAAACAGAGCUUGACAUUGGCCCGCUACUGACUUAAUGGGCUGUAGCUGCUUCAGUAGCAUGCUGCAUUCAAUGAAAUUAUGGGUGCAAUGAUGACUGAAAUUCAUAUUGAUGCUUUUUUUAUGACACCAAAAAGCAAACAGGGAAUGCCCUGUGUAAGUUAAGCGAUAAGUGAUGCAGUACAUGUCCAAACAUGUGUAGAUUAUUGAUAAUCCUGACAUGUUUUACUUUUCUCACCUCUGCAGGACCUGACUAUGUUAAACAGCAGUCAAAGGAACCGGUGGAAAUCAAAGAGGUCCCUGUAGAAAAGAAGGACAAGUCCCCAAAAGAUUCUCCCCACUUUUACCGAAAAGGUACCACCCCUCCUCACUCCGCUGCAACCAGUCCUGUAACCACGCCUCCCCCCUCACCUCACUCCAGCAAGAAGAAAGGUCAGCUUGCCAACAGCACCAGCCGCAAAACCAGCAAAGAAGAGAAACCUUCCCGCAAGAUAAGCAAAGAAGAGAGGUCAAGUCAUAAAACCACCAAGGAUGAGCGGUCUAGUAGAAAGCUGAGUAAAGAAGAAAGGCAGGCUGUAAUUGACGGCCCUAAGGCUCCUCAGACGCACCUUGAGGCUCCGCCAAAACCUGCAAAGGGUCAGCAACCUGCUGCGGCGUCUGCUCCUCCUCCCCAGCCUCCUGCAGUUCCAGUCAACGGAGAGCUUCACACAGAGUACCACAGUUACUACGUCAAGGCUCCCACAAGGGCCCCUCCACCGCCGGACCCUGAGGAGGAUAUAGAGGAAGAGCCUAGCGCCCUAGCCCUUGCACGCAUGCCCCCACAGCCCCCUAGGUCUUUUAGUACCCCCACUCCUAAGCCAGCCUCCAUACGGGAGAGCAAGAGCGAACCGAAACUCAGGAAGCAGGAUUCUCUAAAGCCAAAGAGCCUCGCAGACACAAAGAAAGCCAGUAUGGAGAUGGCCGAAAGCGUCGAAGAAACAGUAAGUAUGAGUGUGGAGGUAGACAACUCUGUAGCGAGGUUUUGAUGGAGUAUUUGGAGACAUAUUUUACAGUAAGAUGUGACUGAGAAGAGCUAAACUCACAGCCUGUAGAAAAAUGUGGAUGAAACGGGCAGCCCCCCAGAAGUGAAGCCAAAAUAUCUGUUCCCCCUACUGACUGGCUGGAGUAGAAUAAGGUCAUAAGGCCUGCCUCCUCCAUGUUAACAGAUGUUGCAUUGGUAAAGCUAUAAAAUUUAAGUAUCGUAUUUUUCGCACUAUAUGGCGCACCUGAUUAUAAGGCGCACUAUCGAUGAAUGCGUCUAUUCACGUCUAUUUUCAUAUAUAAAGCGCACCAGAUUAUAAAGUGCAUUAAACCAAACAAAACAGUCAGAUAAGUCAAACUUUAUUUAACUCAUUCAGUAACUCUGCAAGGCUACGGUAGCUGCAGUGCUCCGACAAGCCAAACGGAUUUUAAGUGUGAAAAAUAUGGUACAUGCUAAAUAAAGCUGUCUGCCAUCUUAGUUAGCUGACUACAUGCUCACUCUUGUCCAAAAUAAAUAUGUACUUUAUCAUAAUGUCAUUUUUUUUUCACAGGGUCCUAACUCCAUCCUGGUUGCUAUGGUAAUGCUGUUGAAUAUUGGCCUUGCAAUUAUAUUUGUCCAUUUUCUGACAUGAUGAUGCUGUUUCUCAGGUGAGUGUGUUUAUCUUACCUGGCACUCUUAUUAUUUUAAGACAUGUGUUAUAUAUAUUCUCCCAAAAAUGACUCAGCAAAUUUUACCAGCGUUUGAUUUGCGUUUUGUGUAGCAAUCUAUGUCUGAAACGUGACAAGCAGUCAAUUCAAUCCAACAAACUGUUUCUGUGUUACAGUGAAACCAUGGCAACCAGUCCAGUUGCAUCACCGGCCUUGAAAAUGAAAAUGGCGCCAGUGAGACACGUGGGGUGGCCGUAGGUGUUGAGGAAUCAACGUGACACCGAAGAAAGAGAAUCGGGAGGGAGGCAACACUACCACCAACCUGUCAUGGGCCUUCUUUAAGGGCCAGCCCCAUGAAUUAGCACUCCUUUGGCUUCUCGAAAAGCUGAGGUGAAAUGUCGUGUCUAGUGAGAUUAAAAAAAAAAAAGUUUAAAAAAUGCAACUAAACAUAUACAAGCUGAAAAAAGAAGUAAUUGAAACCCACACGUAUGCUGAUCCAAGCACUGGUCUCUGUAGCCCACUCCCACUGCCUUGGCAGGGAGAGCGGUGGGCUGACGGACUUUGUUGGAAGAGUGUGGAGAUGCACUUUUAGAUGACGGGAGCAAACAGCUGCCUUUCUAUUUUGCCAUCUGACGUUUUGAUGGGGAGAUGUGAGCCCGGCAGCCCGGAGUGAGCAGUGGGUGAGUGGGGAGGGGGGGCGCAGUCGCAGCGGGAGCGUGCGUUUUCUGGGGUUCACACCACUCUUGCAAGAGGAAACUGGACACGGCCGUUGCCAGCAGUCAGUGCUAGCACGGUCACUAUCCAGUCUUACUCUGUUUACCCGAUCAUCACCGCAGCUUUCUCAAGCUCCGUCCAUUGUUACCCAGGACACACUGCUUUGACACACUCCCCCAUGCAUGGUACAGUUUUUAACAUUUUGUUUUUGUUUGUUUUUUUGUUUUAUUGUAGCUUUUUUUGUUCAUUGUUGUUCUCUGAAUGUUGGUUACCUGCAGUCAUAUGAUGUAGUUAAAAAAAAAAAAAGAUAUAUGAGUAAAUAUUUUUUUGCCCUUUUAUUUUGAAAUUUUACUCAUUUCAACCAUUAUGUUGUAAUUUGACAUUACACACCCAUGCUACAGGAAGUGCAAUAUGUUUUAUUUUUUCAAGGAAAGCUUAUAGUAUAUUUUGCCAAGAAAGUAGAUUUGUACCAUUUUGAAAAGAAUCCAGUGUUCCUUUUAAUUUGUCAGACUCAUAAUUUGAAUGACUGGUGUUGAGAGAUGGUGUCAAUUAACAGCUGGCACUGUGUGCAGGAAGCAGGAUCACACUUUAAAAGCUACCUAGCUCUGUGAGAGUAAAGUAACAGAUGUCUUAUGUUAUUUAUUAAAUUCAGAAGGAGAAUUAUUUCAUUGUACAUGCCAAGAUCAUCUUGCUUGAAUUCCUUCAUUUUAUUCUUUGUUUUCAUUUUUUUUUUUUUCAGUAUACCACAAAACGAAAUGCAAAGAUGCAGUUCACGCAACUGCUUCUUUCAGCCCAGCAGUGCUCGCGUGCUUGUGGGACAGGACUGAGAGAGUCCUGUGGACGGUUGAAGGUGAAUUUAUUCAGGUUGAGGCCAUGGGGAAUGUGGCAGCAGGGAGAAGGAGAGAUGCCUUUAAAAAAGUCUUUAACAGUACUACUGUUUACCUCAGAAAACAGAUGAGGAAGGGGGGGAGGGAAAGAGAUGCCAUCCUUGUCUUAACUUUGUCGUGCGGGGGGAUAUUUUGACUGUUGUCAUCACCUGAGUCAUGCUUUUAUCUUGCCUCAUUGUAGCUGUUUGUAGUCUUUGUUGCAGGUAUGGCAUGAGUUUAUUUGAUUUAUAAAAAGUGGUUAUUUAUAUGAUUGACAUUUAGUGUCAUCGCUACCAAGAUUCAUUAUUUAUUCAUUGUAUAACUGACGUGUUUGUGGACAUUGGUAAUCACAAAAAAAGGGCUUCAAUAUGGCUUCUUUCUUUUCUGAAUCUCAAUUUUGAACCAUGACUGGACAAUGAUGUGUUACACAAUAGGCAGCCUUUUAGUUUGCAAACUGACCACACUAAAACUGGAAGCUAUAAAUUCAAAAUCUAAAAAAAUAAAAAAAACAAUACACACAGACCAAGAAAGUAACUAUUCAAAACAAUUGUAAUAUUAUUAAUGUGAUGCAUUAAAUAACAAGUUUUCACCCUUUCUGUGCAGCACCCUCUUUUUCUUGUUUGAACUGUCUUCACAAAAGCAUGGUGAAGACUUAAGUUUCUGGAGGGUUUAACAGAACAGCCUGUUUAUGGGAAUAUUUUUUGAAAUGCAACAUUGCAUGUUGGAGUCAUUUAUAUAUAGAUUAUUAUUAUAUACUAUUUGUAAGGAUUUUUACAGAGCACAAUCCAGAAUCUGGUAUGAGUUGGUAUUUUUCUAACAAUUUGCACACCUGUAUUUUGACAAUGAAUAUAACUUGUUUGUAAUUGGUAAUGUAAUGCACAUAUGAUAAUGUUUGACAGUGGAAAACAAAUACUUUAUUUCUAAUUGGUUGUACUGUAUGUACCAUUUGGGGAUGUAAAAGGCAGAUGUACUUGUUAAAGUAUUUAAGGAUAUGAAGAGGAACUGCGGGAGACUUUUGAUAUCUCAAGGUUCAUGUUACCCCACUGAUUUGUGCAAAGUCUUUGGAGAUGAAGUUAUGUGUAUAACAAUAAAGAUGUUAUGCCUUGGUAAACUACAA